AUGGAAGAUUCUCCGGCGGAGGACAGGAGAUUCGAAUUCAUAGAGAAGUAUGUGUUGAAAACUUUAAAACUGAAGCUUGACCGGUGGCAGAAAUGUAUUUCCACCGAUGACAACAAGCACGUUAUUCAGGAGUUCCUGGACAAACCCGACCAAAUUACACUGGUCGUGUCUCUGAAUGCAGCUGGCCACUUGCUGCCCACUGUCGGGUUUCCAGCGACUGUUAAAAACAAGGCUGUUUACUUCGUCAAAAGAAGCAAAACAGCUCUAACACCUGACUCAAUGAAAAGUCAUUUGGUAUAUGGAGACUUGUCCUACGCGCCGCUUGACCAGUUUUCUGCACUAGUGGAGGAGGUAAUAAUUAAAGUUAUGCUCACUGCGCAGGACAGCUCAUAUAUAACAGUUGUGUGUAUGUUACAAACGAUUGAAACGAUUGAACUAAAAUCAACGACAAUACUUUACAUAGGCAUCUCAUAUUAUUUUUAGGUAACGAAAUUACUGAAUAAUAGCUAUUAUUAUACAUUAGUUUGUAAAACUCUUUACUGUGAUAAAGUUAAUGUGAUUCUUAUUCUCCCCCUUAUUCCUUUCAGGUUGUUGUCCCAUUGCUGUCCAACAGCAGGAACCAUAGUGAAUGGCCUCAGGUGGUAUCCCAGGACAUUCAGCGCCAUGUUCAUUCCCUGAAGACCAAUGUGUUUGUGGUGUCUGGCCAAGUGAAAGGCAAGACUCUGCUGCCUUUACCACCUGGGGCAGAGAGAGUGGAGCAGGCUGCCCUGGAGAGGGACAAGAGGUAACAUAAAUGACCUGCUGUCUCAUAUUAUAACAGGACAUUACAACACAGUAGAGUUAUGCAUUAUAACGUGUAAUAACAUUAGUGUUCAAAUAUAUAGACGUGUUAUAACAUAUACACCUGGAUUUCCCCAGACUUGAUAGAUAUCAACAUGUUUUAUUAUUCAGGUGGAGUCACCAGAUUCUUAGGCUACCCUAACCCAGACCUAACCCCUAACCCCUAACCCCAGUCACAAACCCCUAUCUAACCCAUGUUAUCUCUGCCUACAGGGGAGACGUAGUGGGCAAGAGCAUCAUCCAUGCCAUCGAGUCAGUGGUGAUAGAGUGGAGCCACCAGAUCCGUGGGGUUCUGAAGAAGGACUCGUCUGAGCCUCUGCUGGAGGGAAAGAGUCCUACACCACACACUGAGCUCAACUUCUGGAGGAGCAGGUCAGUACUGUAGUGGGCCUACACUAUAUGCCAUAGCCGUGUGUCAUGCUCAGUAGGCAGGAAACAGUCUGAUUUAAUUUUUUUAAGUGACCCAUCCAUAAACUAAUAUAUUUCGAUAUGUAUGCAUAUAAAAACAAAUGUAUAUGGCACUACUUGUUUCACUCCAAUGAACUUCUCUGUGUAGAUAUGCAGACCUGGAGUGCAUCCACUCUCAGUUCAAGUCCUCCAAGGUGACCAAGAUGGCAGAGAUGCUGGAUGCUAUGGAGAGCAGCUACUACCCUGCCUUUAACGACAUGCUACAGGACGUCCUAGCAGGUAAACUAAAGCCCCAUUUUAACCCAUCGCCGAUAAAGUAAAACCGCACUGUGGGUUCAACUAAUGUUUAUGCUGUAUCGGAGGUGUUAACUAGGUGCUACUAAAACUAAGACCCCAUGCAAGCUUUCUACUAUCUUUGUGUCUGUAGGGAUUGGGGACCCUGGAUUGGCCUAUUGUAUUAUAAUAUAGUAAACUUGAACUUGUGUGUUCUGAUUCUGUGUAUGUCUGUGUGUGUGUGUUUGUGUGUGCCCCAGCCCUAGAGGAAGCUAAGGACAUUUGUACGUACCUUCGUCCGCUGCAGCGUCUCUUUGAGGACCUGGAGAAUGUGGAGUUCCCUGAGGUCAAGGGUCAGAUCGGGCCUCUGAUGCACGUUGUGUGUCUGGUGUGGUCCAACUCACGCUACUACAACACCCCAGCACGCCUCAUCGUCCUGCUACAGGAGACAUGUAAUCUACUCAUUCAACAGGUACAUGAGUCAAUCAUGUAAUAGUGGUGGUAAUAAUAACUCUAUGAAGCACUUUUCAUCCAUUUUGCGGAAAUGUAACAUAUUCUCCAGUUACAUUGAAAAACAAUGAAAAAAUUGAAAAAAUUACCAAAUCAAAUCAAUUUUUACUUACAAGCCCUAAACCAACAAUGCAGUUUUAAGAAAAAUAAGAGUUAAGAAAAAUAUUUACUAAAUAAACUAAAGCAAAAAAUAAAAGAGCAACAAUAAAAUAACAAUAACAAGGCUAUAUACAUUACAUUUACAUUUACAUUUUAGUCAUUUAGCAGACGCUCUUAUCCAGAGCGACUUACAGGAGCAAUUAGGGUUAAGUGCCUUGCUCAAGGGCACAUUUACGUCAUUUAGCAGACGCUCUAGUCCAGAGCGACUCACAAAUUGAUGCAUUCACCCUAUAGCCAGUGGGAUAACCACUUUACAAUUUUUUUUUGGGGGGGGGGGGUAGAAGGAUUACUUUAUCCAGAAGGAUUACUUUAUCAGGGUUACCGGUACCGAGUCAAUGUGUGGGGGUACAGGUUAGUCGAGGUAAUUGAGGUAAUAUGUACAUGUACACUACCGGUCAGAAGUUUGGACACACCUACUCAUUCAAGGGUUUUUCUUUAUUGUUUUACUAUUUUCUACAUUGUAGAAUAAUAGUAAAGACAUCAAAACUAUGAAAUAACACAUAUGGAAUCAUGUAGUAACCAAAAAAGUUUAUAUUUGAGAUUCUUCAAAUAGCCACCCUUUGCCUUGAUGACAGCUUUGCACACUCUUGGCAUUCUCUCAACCAGCUUCAUGAGGUAGUCACCUGGAAUGCAUUUCAAUUAACAGGUGUGCCUUGUUAAAAGUGAAUUUGUGGAAUUCCUUUCCUUCUUAAUGCGUUUGAGCCAAUCAGUUGUGUUGUGACAAGGUAGGGGUGGUAUAAAAAAGAUAGCCCUAUUUGGUAAAAGACCAAGUCCAUAUUAUGGCAAGAACAGCUCAAAUAAGCAAAGAGAAAUGACAGUCCAUCAUUACUUUAAGACAUGAAGGUCAGUCAAUCCGGAAAAUGUAAAGAACUUUGAAAGUUUCUUCAAGUGCAGUCGCAAAAGCCAUCAAGCGCUAUGAUGAAACUGGCUCUCAUGAGGACCGCCACAGGAAAGGAAGACUCAGAGUUACCUCUGCUGCAGAGGAUAAGUUCAUUAGAGUUAACUGCACCUCAGAUUGCAGCCCAAAUAAAUGCUUCACAGAGUUCAAGUAACAGACACAUCUCAACAUCAACUGUUCAGAGGAGACUGCGUGAAUCAUGGUUGAAUUGCUGCAAAGAAAACACUACUAAAGGACACCAAUAAGAAGAAGAGACUUGCUUGGGCCAAGAAACACGAGCAAUGGACAUUAGACCGGUGGAAAUCUGUCCUUUGGUCUGAUAAGUCCAAAUUUGAGAUUUUUGGUUCCAACCGCCGUGUCUUUGUGAGACGCAGAGUAGGUGAACGGAUGAUCUCCGCAUGUGGAGAAGCAUGGAGGAGGAGGUGUGAUGGUGUGGAGGUGCUUUGCUAGUGACACUGUCAGUGAUUUAUUUAGAAUUCAAGGCACACUUAACCAGCAUGGCUACCACAGCAUUCUGCAGCGAUACGCCAUCCCAUCUGGUUUGCGCUUAGUGGGACUAUAAUUUGUUUUUCAACAGGACAAUGACCCAAAACACACCUCCAGGCUGUGUAAGGGCUAUUUGACCAAGAAGGAGAGUGAUGGACUGCUGCAUCAGAUGACCUGGCCUCCACAAUCACCCGACCUCAACCCAAUUGAGAUGGUUUGGGAUGAGUUGGACCGCAGAGUGAAGGUAAAGCAGCCAACAAGUGCUCAGCAUAUGUGGGAACUCCUUCAAGACUAUUGGAAAAGCAUUCCUCAUGAAGCUGGUUGAGAGAUUGCCAAGAGUGUUUAAAGCUGUCAUCAAGGCAAAGGGUGGUUACUUAGAAAAAUCUCAAAUCUAAAAUAUGUUUUGAUUUGUUUAACACUUAUUUGGUUACUACAUGAUUCCAUAUGUGUUAUUUCAUCGUUUUGAUGUUUUCACUAUUAUUCUACAAUGUAGAAAAUAGUAAAAAAUUAAGAAAAACCCUGGAAUAAGUAGGUGUGUCCAAACUUUUGACUGGUACUGUAUAUCUAUGGAUAUGAUGUUCAUUUGACAUCACAAACUCUGAUUUCUCAUCCACUUCAGGCGCGGGUGUAUCUGAGCCCAGAGGAGGUGCUGAAGGGAGACGUGUCUGAGAGCCUGCUGAAGGUCCAGACCUCCCUGGACAUCCUAAACACCUUCAGACUGACAUAUGAGGAGAAGAGGGCCAGUCUGGGCCAGUACCAGAGGAACGGCAGGGAAGUCCGACCGUGGGACUUCAACCCACUCAUGGUCUUCUCUGGCCUUGACCGCUUCAUCGACCGGGUCAAAACCAUUGAGGUGCGGAUCAAUGAAUAAAAACUGGAUUUCUUUUCCUUUUGUCUCUUUUUUAAUUUUUAAUUUCCUUUAGAAAAAUGUAUGAAAUAUUGAAACACAUCAAAAUGAGUAAAAUUACACCCUACAUACAUCAAUAUUGUACAGAUAUCAGUAUUCAUAUUUAUUCAGUCCAAACACACAUUAAUAAGCCAAACACACUGUGUACUAUGGUUGGGCGGUAUUAAGCUUGACCUUCAUACUGUUCCUGUACCAUACUGUGGUAUAAGGUAUUACCGGCAGUGCAGACAAGGGGCGCUAUUUCUUUCCAAACCCCCCAAAAGUAGGAAAAAAAAGUAUUGAUCCAGGAGGGGAUUGAUUGUCUCUGCUGUAACCAAGAAGCUUGGUCUUGCAAGCUAUCCACUUAGCUAACAAGUUAGCAAACCAAUUCCAUAGCUGGAGCCCUGAGCUGGAGAUCAUUUAUUUAUCACAUAUUAGUCCGUCCCCCCCCCCCCCCCCCCCCCUCCUGAGCUUUAGAGCGCCCCAAACCAAUUAUUAUAAUGUAAUUUUUUUGACGGUAUUGAAAAUCAUACGGUCGAUAUUUCAAAAUACCCUGGUAUACGUGUAUACUGCCCAAGCCUACUGUUUACCAUAAACACCAUAUCCACAGCCAAUACAGUACAUUAAAUGCUUGACGUUUAACAGGGUCUGUGUUUGUCCCUCUCUGUCCCUGUCUGUAGUAUGUCCUGCUGACAGCAGUAGACCUGUUGAAGCUGGAGAAGGUGGAGUUUGGAGGCAUCCGAGGCAGAGCUCUCAGCCAGCAGGUCCUGUGGCUCCACCAGGAGUUCCUGGACACAUAUAAAGUCCUCACUGAGAAGCCCUACGACUGCCUCGACGUCAACAAUACGGUACAGCAGGGUUCCCGAAUUGGCGGCCCGCGGACAGAUUUUGGCCCACGGCCCAAAGUUUUCGGAGCAAAAAUAAAUAAGAUAGUUUGUUGGACAUAAAGACUGUAAAAACACCAGAAAUUCAGUUCCAAUUGAUUUUACUUUUGGAAAUUCCCACGCAGAGAUAUAUGUGAUCAUAUACAAAUGUAAGCAAGGUUUGAAAUUAUUAUGUUUUAGUCAAAAAUUAUAUCUGUUUGGGCUUCUUGUGGUCAAUUUGCUAAUUAUUUGUAAUUAUGUUGCGGCCCCCUGACCAUCCACUCAAGAAAAAAUCAGCCCGCGGCUGAAUCUAGUUAAUGAUCCCUGCGUUACACUAUAAUGGAGAAGGAAUAUGGGAACAAGGGGCAGUUCAAUGGACCCAGAUUAAGUUAAUAAUAUUCUACUGUAACAGCAGAUAUGGUCAAUAUUGGCCAAACACAUCUGUAGCAAACUGAAGCAAUUUUUUUGUGGGCUGUCUAAAAGGGCUCUCAAAAAGGUAUUGAAAGGGCUGUCAACCUAUCUAUCUGACUGUGUGUGUGUCUCAAUGUAGGAGUUUGAGGCAGACGUGUGUGAGUUCAGAUAUAAGGUGGAGGAUACAGACCGUCGUCUGGGAGCAGUCUUCUGUCAGGCCUUCGAUGAUGCAUCUGGACUGGAGCACGCAUUCAAGGUGAGGAGGGGCUACACACGCACAGACACCACACACACACACACACACACACACACACACACACACACACACACACACACACACACACACACACACACACACACACACACUGAUACCCUACUGUCCUCCCUACAGGUGCUGGAUAUGUUUGGCAGCCUGUUAGACCGCCCCCUUGUGGCAGCGGAUGCUCUGGACAGAUAUCCUCUCCUUAUCAGCCUGUUUGACAGAGAGCUAGACUGCUGCAAACUGCUCUUCAACAAACACACACACACAGAGGAGGAACUGGGUAAAAUACCUUGCUUUUAACCCAUACCAUUUUAUAUCAUAAUUUCGUACCAAAGUAAUACAUGUAAAGAAAUCAUCAACACUCUUGCUAUGAUGAACGUUUGACUGUUUACUAGUUUACUGCUACUAUUAUCAUUUAAAAAAACUGCUGCCACGUGCCACUGUUUCCCCAGAACCUUUACCUCUCUAGUUAGUUCUACAAUGUGUGUGUUUCCAUCCCUCCAGGUUACACUCCUGUGAAUAGGAACAUGCCAGCUGUAGCAGGAGGUCUGAGGUGGGCUCAGCAACUACAGGAGAGAAUCCAGAUUCCCUUCUCCAUGUUCAGAUACAUCACCUACCCGUGAGUCUCCUCUCUCACCCUGCAUCUCUACUUUACCCAUUAGAUUCUGCUGCUGGAGAUUGUACCAGUAUUAGCUUAGCAGAAGUUCAGCCUCUGCGUGUGUGGUUUCCUCUCAGGUGUCUGGAGUCUACAGUGGGAGAAAGAGCCAUACAGAAGUAUGAGGAGAUGAUGCAGUUACUGGAUAGGUAUUUUAACUAUUAUAUCUCUAUGACUUCCAACUUCCUUUUUAGUAUAUUUCUUCUAAGCAAAAAUACAGAUACAGUAUCUUAUACAACCCUUUCCCUACGAGAUCUGUUCUGCUUCCACUUUCUGAACAACUCUAUUGAAAUGUGAUUAUUAUUUUUUUUAUCCUGUAAGCUUUAUAGAAAUCCAGCAUUUCUUUCUAGUGUAAGUCAGUGUAGUGGAUUACAUUUAUGGAAGGCAGGGCCACAGUGGAAUAGCAUGGAGACAUGGAGCGCCAGUCGUGAUUUAUGUUCUCAUUGUGGCAGUGUGGUUCUGUGGAUUAUUUCACAGAGCUCUCAUAAUCUCAUAUGCUUUGUCUCAUCAUACUAAUACCCUGUGAGCAAUGGCCCAACACAACACAUCCAACAUAGGAACCUGCAAGACAAAGCAUCCUAUUGGGUUUAAAUUAUGUUCUCUGUGUGUGUGUGUGUGUGCAUAUUAUUGUUAUUUUAUUGUGUUACUAUUUUCUUUUUGUAUGUAUUUGUUAAUUUUCUUACUUUUUAACUGCAUUGUUGGGAAAGGGCUCGUAAGUAAGCAUUUCAUGGUAAAGUCAACACUUUUUGUAUUCGACACGUGACAAGUACGAUUUGAUUUGAUAUGCGCACAUACACAUAACCACUCACAUUCCUGUGCGUCAAAUGUGCAAUAUCACCCAGUGUUUCCUCUGGAGAAAUGUGUAGCAGUGGGGGGAAAAGGAGUGGUGGGAAAAGGAGUGGUGGGAAAAGGUGGUGGAGGGGGUUUAUGUCCCAAAAAACUUCCAUAUGAACUUCCAAUGAAUAUAAUGUAGGCCUACCUGUUAGGGGAACUUAGGGGAACUCACCACAUGGGGAAAAAAGCCCCCUGCCUGUACUUCUCACAGAAACCACUUCAUGUCACAAUUUCCCCCCCAACACGUUCCCUGGUUUCCACUACUCUUGGUCAACAAAAAAUAUUAUCUGUCUCAUCACAAUUUUUUAAGUCAUUUCCAAAUAAAUGAUUUUGAGGUAGUGAAAGGAGGCGUUGUACCCCAAGUCACAAUACAAUUGACCGGUGUUACAUUUAGCCCCACUCUCCCCUAUGCACUCGCUGCGAAUUGCGGGUUUAAAAUGGCGCAUUUCGCGCAUAUUUAGGAUUUGAGAAAUAAAUAAAGUAAGAAUGGAAAGCUGGGAUUCCCCUCUUUUUAACAAAAGCAAUUAAAACAGCUGUUUUCGCGAUUGCAAGAAUUGUUGUGCAUUGACUGCUUGUCAGAAUGCAUGUUUCCCUCACUGUGGCACGAGAGGAAUAUUUAUCUAGCAUAGAACACAACAACAAGCUGACUAGGUAAAUAGAUAAACUAUUCUACUGUGGGGUUGUUCGAUUUUUCUAUUAAUUACUCGUUUUGUUUGCAGAGGAAAAGUACAUGUGGAAUGUUCUAGCAUCUUCAAAAUGCGCCUCAGCAGAAAUAUUUUUUCAUGUUCCAUAUAUAUAUUUUUUAGUGGCUAUUGUUGUCCCUGCACCCAGUCUAAUAUACGACGAUGAACAACGUGUCCCCUGCCCUCUGCUCACUGAUGUCAGACUUUAGGGACCUUGUUAUACUGUUGUAAUCACCAGCGCUGCUUACAUAUUCCAGUAAGAGCUAUUAAAGGCAUUCACACAAACACACACGUACACACACACAGUCGUUACGCUCACACUAAACACUGUGAUUUAUAGCUUUAGCCCAGGCGUUUGAUUGCCUCGGCGUCUGCUGUGCCACACUCAGGAGAUGAACCAUCAGCAGGAAUCAAAUAAGGACCUCAGUGCUCUAAAGCCCUCACCAUAAUCGGUAUAUUUACAGAUUGGUACAGCCGUCCAGGAGCCUGACAUAUUGUCUGUUCUCUGUAGUGAAUUAAUCCGUUUAGUCGUCCCCUACAGUAUGUUCCUCUUCCAUUACUAGACUCCAUGUGUAGGUGAGAGAUUCAAUAAAUAAAAUCAGCCACCCGACUUCAGCCACACGAGCCAUACCAUCUACAAGGCAGAGACAGUACAGGUGCAUCAAAGCCAGGACCGACAGACUGAGAAACAGCUUCUACCUUCAGGACAUCGGACUGUUAAACAGUCACUACUAGCCUUAUUCACUGUUAACUCUACCCUGCACGUUAGAGACUGCUGCCUGAUAUAUAUAGAGAACACCGGUCACUUUAAUAGUGUUUACAAACUGUUUUACCCACUUCAUACUGUAUUCAAGUCAUUGAACACUGGUCACUUUAAUAAUGUUUACAUACAAAACAUUAUAUGUGUAUAUACACUACCGUUCAAAAGUUUGGGGUCAGUUAGAAAUGUCCUUGUUUUCGAAAGAAAAGCAAAUUUUUUGUCCAUUAAAAUAACAUCAAAUUGAUCAGAAAUACAGUGUAGACAUUGUUAAUGUUGUAAAUGGCUAUUGUAGCUGGAAACGGCUGAUUUUUAAUGGAAUAUCUACAUAGGCAUACAGAGGCCCAUUAUCAGCAACCAUCAGUCCUGUGUUCCAAUGGCACGUUGUGUUUGCUAAUCCAAGUUUAUCAUUUUAAAAGGCUAAUUGAUCAUUAGAAAACCCUUUUGCAAUUAUGUUAGCACAGCUGAAAACUGUUGUGCUGAUUAAAGAAGCAAUAAAACCUUCUUGAGACUAGUUGAGUAUCUGGAGCAUCAGCAAUUGUGGGUUCGAUUACAGGCUCAAAAUGGCCAGAAACAAAGAACUUUCUUCUGAAACUCGUUAGUCUAUUCUUGUUCUGAGAAAUGAAGGCUAUUCCAUGUGAGAAAUUGCCAAGAAACUGAAGAUCUCGUUCAACGCUGUGUACUACUCCCUUCACAGAACAGCGCAAACUGGCUCUAACCAGAAUAGAAAGAGGAGUGGGAGGCCCCGGUGCACAACUGAGCAAGAGGACACAGGUCCUCAACUGGCAGCUUCAUUAAAUAGUACCCGCAAAACACCAGUCUCAACAUCAACAGUGAAGAAGCGACUCCGGGAUGCUGACCUUCUAGGCAGAGUUGCAAAGAAAAAGCCAUAUCUCAGACUGGCCAAUAAAAAGAAAAGAUUAAGAUGGGCAAAAGAACACAGACACUGGAUUGGAAAAAAGUGUUAUGGACAGACGAAUCGAAGUUUGAGGUGUUCGGAUCACAAAGAAUAACAUUUGUGAGACACAGACCAAAUGAAAAGAUGCUGGAGGAGUGCUUGAUGCCAUCUGUCAAGAAUGGUGGAGGCAAUGUGAUGGUCUGGGGGUGCUUUGGUGGUGGUAAAGUGGGGGAUUUGUACAGGGUAAAAGGGAUCUUGAAGAAGGAAGGCUAUCAUUCCAUUUUGCAACGCCAUGCCAUACCCUGUGGACAGCGCUUGAUUGGAGCCAAUUUCCUCCUACAACAGGACAAUGACCCAAAGCACAGCUCCAAACUAGGCAAUAACUAUUUAGGGAAGAAGCAGUCAGCUGGUAUUCUGUCUAUAAUGGAGUGGCCAGCACAGUCAACGGAUCUCAACCCUAUUGAGCUGCUGUGGGAGCAGCUUGACCGUAUGGUACGUAAGAAGUGCCCAUCAAGCCAAUCCAACUUGUGGGAGGUGCUUCAGGAAGCAUGGGGUGAAAUCUCUUCAGAUUACCUCAACAAAUUGACAACUAGAAUGCCAAAGGUCUGCAAUGCUGUAAUUGCUGCAAAUGGAGGAUUAUUUGACGAAAGCAAAGUUUGAAGGACACAAUUAUUAUUUCAAUUAAAAAUCAGUAUUUCUAAACUUGUCAAUGACUACAUUUCCUAUUCAUGUUGCUAUAUUUCCUAUUCAAACUCAUUUAAUGUAUGUUUUCAUGGAAAACAAGGACAUUUCUAAGUGACCCCAAACUUUUGAACAGUAAUGUAUAUUUAAGCAAUAAGGCCCGAGGAGGUGUAGUAUAUGGCCAACAUACCACGGCUAAGGGCUGUUCUUGGAUACAGCCCUUAGCCGUGGUAUAUUGGCCAUAUACCACAAACCCCUGAGGUGCCUUAUUGCUAUUAUAAACUGGUUACCAACGUAAUUAGAGCAGUAAAAAUAAUUGUUUUGUCAUACCCGUGGUAUACUGAUAUACCAUGGCUGUCAGCCAAUCAGCAUUCAGGACUUGAACCACCCAGUUUAUAAAUAUAUAUAUUCCGGUCUCUGACAUUGCUCGUUCUGAUAUUUCUUAAUUUCUUAAUUUUUCUGAAUUAUGUGUGUAUUUUUAAUUUUUUUAUUGCUCUGUAUUACUGUACUGUUGGAGCUAGAAACACAAGCAUUUCGCUGCACCUGCGAUAAAUCUGCAAAUCCGUGUACGCGACCAAUAUAAUUUGAUUUGAUUAGAUAUGUCUGUGUCAUUCUCAAUCCUCUAGGGACUGUCAUUUUGUUUCAGUCGGUAUCGCUUUCGCUGCAUGUUUCUGUUUGUUGCUGAAGAUCAAUCUUUUUUUAAAUACAUUGGCUCAUUAGAGAAACAAAUGUCUGUUGUUACAGUUUAUUGAAAUAUGCAGUAGCUUAUUUAGCAGAAACUGUGUUAUAGGAAUUGAUCAACUAACUUACUCUCUAAACCAGUGUUUCCCAACUCCGGUCCUUGAGUACUCCCAACAGUACAUAUUUGUAUUGUGGCCCCGGACAAUCACACCUGAUUCUACUUGUGAACUAAUCAUCAAGCCCUUGACAAGUUGAAUCAGGUGUUUUUGUACAGGGCUACAAAAAAAUGUGUGCUGUUUGGGGUACUGGAGGACCAGAGUUGGGAAACUCUCUCAACCAACUAAUUCUCUAAACCAGGGGUAUUCAACUCUUACCCUACGAGGUCCAGAGACUGCUGUUUUUCUGUUCUACCUGAUCAUUCAUUGCAUCCACCUGGUGUCCCAGGUCGAAAUCAGUCCCUGAUUAGAUGGGGAACAAUGAAAAAAAGCAGUGGAACUGGCUUCGAGGUCCAGAGUUGAGUUAAACUAACUAACUUUGUUAACCAACUACCUCCCCCAGUUACUCCCGUCAGCUGUUUGAUGUAUGGACUGAGACGGUGGGAGAGAAGUCCCAGUACAAUCUCAACCUCCCCCUCGUCAGCCGAGACCCAGCUACCCGCCUCAUUUCUGUCAAUUUCAACCCACAGGUACUAUAAACUUAGCUCAGUCAAUUUCAACCCACAGGUACUAUAAACAUAGCUCCGUCAGUUUCAACCCACAGGUACUGCUAGGGGAAAAUGAUCUUGUACUUAACAUUAUGGUAAAUUACAUUGUUGCUACAGCUAACUUGUUAUUUUCGCUCUCCCCCUCAACCUCUCCCUCUCUCUCUUCCUCCUACCUCCUCCCACUGAAACCCCACGUCACCCCUGUCCCUCCCCCAGUUGGUCUCAGUCCUGAGAGAGGUGAAGUACCUGGAGGCCAGGCAGACAGAGGCAAUCCCGGACACUGCAGAGCAGGUGUACACUAGAAGGGGUCAGCUGUGGCAGUACGUAGCCAACCUGGAGCUCACUGUGGGGAGAUACAACAAGGUGGUGCGCACGGUGCUGGAGGUGGAGCACCCACUGGUCCAGGGUCAGCUCAGAGACAUCGACACGCGCCUCAGAGAGGCAGAGGAGGACAUCAACUGGAACAGCCAAGGUCAGAGGUCAUGGGUCAAAACUACAGGGGAAGUGGGGCAUUAUGGGUGCCAUAAUGUUUCAACUUCAGCAAAAACAGUCCACAAUUUGGCUUGCCUACAGUACUGUACUGUUCUACUGUAACCAGUCACUGCAGGAGUCAUAUAUUCUCCUCACAUGCCUUUUUCAUGAUGUUCCCUCCAUCCUUGUCAGUUCUGGGACAGGACUGACUGUGAUGUGUCAUGACAUGACACCCCAGGAGAGAAGAUGUGUUUGGAACAGAUGACUAAGCCACAGUGUUUCAAUCAUUGAUGCAGUGUGAUUCAAACAGUGUUGUUAGGGUAGGGUUGCGGUUGUGCCUACUGUAGGACCCACAGCUUCCUGAAGGACAGGGUAGAGAAGCCCAUGUGGCUCAGUUGGUAGAGCAUGGCGCUUGCAACGCCAGGGAAGUGGUACGAUUCCCACAGGAGACCAGUACGAAAAAGUACAAAAUAAAUGUAUCCACUCACUACUAUAAGUCAGUCUGGAUAAGAGUGUCUGCUAAAUGACAAAAAUGUUUAAAAAAAAAUAUAUAUAUAUAUAUAUAUAUAUAUAUAUAUAUAUAUAUAUAUAUAUAUAUACAUUUCUUAUGGAACAUGCCAAUGCACUCCACUGUCUGUCUGUAGGCAGGGUCAGGGGACAGAGACCUCUUUCCAGUCGAAGCUCUUUGAGCGAAAUAUGUUACUGUCAACUUCUGGUGCUUCUUACUGUACUGGAUGCACUUAGGAUAGUUAUGGAGAAUAAGAAAAGAGGGGUUAUAUAGAACCUGGUUUGUGGUAGAUUUAUGUGUCCCUAUCAUUUAACUUUUAGACUUCACGUGGUUUUAGUAGAAGAUGGAGUUGGCUAGCCUGGGUAUCAGUCUGUUUAGCUAACAUUCCACUCCAUUUACUCCGUUUCAAUUGUUUAGCAUGACAAGAGUGGCAAGGAAUGGAAUGAUAGCUAAACAGACUGGUACCCAGACUAGAAGUUGGGUUGGCAACACCGGAUGCCUCAGUGCCCUGCUUAAGAGUAGAUCAGGGAAAACACUGGAACAAAACAAAUUGACCCUGACCACCUUUCAUUAAAGGGACAUUACACUUUAAAAUCUAAGUUUGCCAGAUGUUUUUCAGGGAUUGAGGUGAGUAGCUGGAUCUACACAACUGAAGUUGUGGGACAUUGUUUCAUUUUCACAUUACUCUACAUUCGAGGUCUGAAAACUUUCUGACAAACGUAGAUUUGAAACUGUAAUGGCCCUUUAACGUGUGUCCAUUUCCUUCCCCUGUUUGUGACCAGGUAUCUGGGAGUACAUCCAGGAGGUGAGUGAGUGUGUGUGUGACCUGGAGAGGAGGCUCCAGAGGACCAAGGACCACGUGGAGGAGAUCCAGGGCUGUAUGAGGGCCUGGGCCAGCCCCCUCUAUGACCGACGGGAGGGCAAGAGAGACACCCUGCUCAGCCUGGACGACAGGGCUGACAGGCUGGAGAGGUGUUACGCCCAAAUACGCUCUUCCGGAGAGAAGAUACACUUCUUGCUGAAGGUGACUAUGCCAAAUAACAUGAAAGUCAUAAACACUUCUGGCUUUGCAGGGAACUUUAUUGAACAUAUUAGGAGUUAUGUGUUAGUCAGCAUUAACCCUUUACAAUCGUACCCGUAUACAGGUUGAAAAUGGCAGAUUUGGGCACUGAUAAGCGCGACAAGAAGUUGCCCCCAUCCCUCCCGCUAAUUGGGCAACUUUUGCAAAUGUUUUGUUGUCCGAGUGAGGGAAAUACUGUAAAUUAAGAGGACUCUAUUUAUUUUGAAAGAUGAGACGUUGAGGAUUAUAAUAAAUACUGAUUUGAUGUCAUACAAACAAGCCGAACACCCGUGAGUCCAAAUGUGCACUUCACAUUUCCAUAUCAUAAAACAUGUCAUAUACAGUGUCAACGUUUAUGAUCAUUAUGUUUGAUGUACAGUUACAAGAUGACAUGGUUGUUCUGAACAGAAUGAGCCUACGUUUGUCUAUUGUGAAGAAAAUUCACCGCGGCACACGCACCUGAAUGCACUCAUGACUCCUUUCUAUGCGCACCAAAAUUACCAUCUGUUUCUCUGAAUUGCCUUGUGAAAGCCUAACACUGUAAGAUCGUAUUUUAUAACUUAACUAGUCAUGUUGGCAAUAGAACAGGCUUUCAAAUGAUGCCCACCUGACCCAGAUUGUGAUAUAUAAUGGUCCGUUUCUGGAUUGCGUAAACAACAACAGUAAUUGUGUGAUGGCAGGGAUACAGAGUUCUGUUCCAAACAAAACAACUACAAGUGUGCUUGCUCUAGUUCCUCAUCGGCACAGCUAGGAGAGCUCAAAAAAGCACCUUAUAGUUGAAGACUCUUCUUUGACCCAUAAAAGUGCAUUGAAAUUACUUAGGAACUGUGCAUGGCCACUUGGAGACACCAGUUAAUCCUCUCACUCAAACCCUUGUCAUUUUUCUGUCUUAUGUUGCACCUACCCCACAUUUCCCAGAAAUAUUCUUAUGUUACUGAAUGUAUCCAGAGUAUUUUCAGAUGUUGUUAUCAACAAAUGCUGCGAAAAGUACAGUAAAUGUAAAAUGCACAUAAAAUCAACAGUGUAAUGUUUGGAUUCAAUCUUGUGUCAGGUGAAAUGUUGUUUCCUCAACUUUGGUCUAAUAAUUUUCCCAUGAACUCCUAACUAUUCCCUUUCAAUUGCUAUUAUGAUUAUGCAUAUGCUUUACAUAUUUCUUAUGUAAGAAACAUUUAAAUUUAGCCCUAUCCAUAUAGGCCAAUUCCCACGAGUGUGAAGGGUUAAAAGGUGUGCAUUGUUAAUUUUUUUAUACAAAACAAAGGUGCAUUUUCUGUGUACACGUUAUUCUUUGAUGUUGAGUGUGUGUCUCCAUUCUGUGACAGAGUAACCUGGAGUUGUUCAGAGCAGACCCAGGUUCUGAGGAGUGGAGAGCCUAUGUGGAGUACAUAGACGACAUGGUCAUAGACGGCUUCUUCAACAGCAUCGAGUGCUCCCUCAAGUUCUUCCUCGACAACACUGGUGAGCAAUGAUCUGUUCAGCUUGAAUGAUUUGUGUAUUCACCUCAGCCUUGGUUUGACUAACAGUCUUGUGAGCCCUCCUGAAUGUAAGACGUGCACUUUGUACGAGAUUCACUCAUUUUUGUUGAAACACCCCUUCUCCCCACCUCAGACCAACGUGGUGGUGUGGCCCCUUUGUUUGAGGCCCAGCUGGACCUGAGGGUCCCUGACAUGGUGUUUAACCCUUCGCUGGAGUACGGCGCUGCCGAUGGCUUCUAUGACCUGGUGGAGAGCCUGGUCAAUGACAUCUACAGGACCUCUUCUCUGGUGCCACGCCUGGCCACACACAGCAGCGUCCCACACUACCAGGUACUACAACACUGCUAUGGUUGCAAAAUUCCGAUAACUUUCCCCAAAUUCCCCGGUUUUCCAGAAAUCCCAGUUGGAAGGUUCCUGGAAUCAGGAGGACAUAACCAGGAUUUCUGGAGAACCUGGGAAUUUUGGGGAAGUUACCUACAUUUAGGAACCUUACAUUUAUGCCAAACAGUUUACAUUCAUGCUGUUUAUAUUCAUGCUGUUUAUAUUCAUGCUGCUCAGACACAAGUUGGUCUCAUGAAAUAUACUGUAUUAUUAUUAUAUGCCAAGUUUGUCUCAAAGGCCAAUAUUAAGACGGAGAUCAAUAAUCCAUCUUAAAAGGGAUACUGCGAGAUUCUGGCAAUUAAUUGUUCUAUUUACCCAGAGCCAGAUGAACUUGUGGAUACCCUGUUUAUGUCUCUGCGUGCAGUAUCAAGGAAGUUAGAGGUAGCGUCGCAAGCCAAUGCUUACUAGUGCAAUUACUGGAAGUCUACAGGUAUGCACACAGAGACAUACAAAUGGUAUCCACAAGUUCAUCUGACGCUUAAUUGCCAGAAUCUCACAGUAUCCCUUUAACCCAUAAUCUAUAAUGUGUAUUGUAUCUAUAAUCCAUAUUCUAUCAUCUAUAACCUAAUUAUAAUCUGUCCACUAUCAGGCUGAUAUGGAAGACAUGGCUGAUUUGGCGGACAUGCGUCAGCUACUGAUGGAACGUGUGCAGGGCGUCAUGGCGACGUGUUGUGAGUUCCGUAACUCUUUGGAGCGCUAUGCAUACCUGUACGUUGACGACAGGAAGGAGUUUAUGCGUCAGUUCCUGCUGUACGGCCACGUGCUGACCAGUCAGGAGAUAGAGGCUCAUGCAGAGGAUGGAGUCCCAGAGAACCCACCUACACUGGAGCAGUUUAGAGAGCAGGUGGAUGGGUAAGGGAGAUAAAUAGUGUGUUUUUGAGUGUGUGUGUGCAAGUGUGUAUGUAAUGAUGACUCUCUGUGUGUGUGUGUGUAACCCCAGGUACGAGCGUAUCCAUGAGGAGGUGCAGGGUCUGGAGCCAGUGUGUGUGUUCCAGGGGUGGAUGAGGGUCGACGGACGGGCCUUUAAGAGUGCCCUGCUCAACAUCGUCAGGAAGUGGAGUCUCAUGUUCAAACAACACCUCAUAGACCAUGUCACAAACAGGUAUGCAGACUCUAUCACACACAGGUAGAUAGACAGAAACCAGAGGAUUCCAGAGAAAACCACUGUCAAAGUAUCCUUCUACUUAAUGUUGUCUCUCUUGUUUUUAAACAUUUCAAAACUGUAACACUCUCUCUCUCUCUCUCUCUCUCUCUCUCUCUCUCUCUCUCUCUCUCUCUCUCUCUCUCUCUCUCUCUCUCUCUCUCUCUCUCUCUCUCUCUCUCUCUCUCUCUCUCUCUCUCUCUCUAGCCUGUCAGACCUGGAGGAGUUUAUCAGUCUAGCAGAGCAGGGGCUGGGCCGCAGAGUGGAGGAGGGCGACUACGGUGGCCUGGUGGGGGUCAUGGGUCACCUGCUGGCCGUGAAGGAGAGGCAGGGCGGGACGGACGCCAUGUUUGAGCCGCUCCAACACACCAUUACCCUGCUCAAGACCUACGAACAGGAGCUGCCUGACGUGGUCUACAAACAGCUAGAGGUGACCCUUGUCCAAAGUCAAUCGAUCAAACUCCUCCCUCUCUCCUCCCUCCUCAUCUCAUUCCUCGGUCCCCUUCUGUCCUUCCUUUUGGCACUCAUCCCUCUGUUUUGUCCCACUCCCUCUAUGCUCCUUCUGGUGGUAUUCAUCCUCCUCCCUCCUCCUCCCUCUCUCCCUCCUUUCUCUCUCUCCAGGAGCUAUCAGAAAAGUUACUCAUGUCUCUGUCCCUCUUGCCUCCUGGUACUUAUCACACGUUGUCCCCCUCUCCCUCCUUCCUAUGCCUGAUAAUCAUCUAUUUCUCCCUCUCUCUAGGAGCUUCCAGAGAAGUGGACCAACGUGAAGAAGCAGGCGGUGGUGGUGAAACAGCAGGUGGCUCCUCUACAGGCCAGCGAGGUGGCCGGACUACGCAGGAAGUGUGCCUCCUUCGACGUGGAGCAACACGCCUUCAGAGAGAGCUUCAGAAAGAACGGGCCCUUCAGGUGACACACGUGUGCUUGCACACACACAGGCUGAAUUUCGCAGACAAAAAGUUGUCCUCCCUUCUGUCCUCAUUCAAUCCUCAGUCCUAAACAGUCCUGUAUCUCCUACCCCUAGACAUUUGUCCUAUUUGAUCUGAAAGGGUUGUAUAGGUGUAAGCAAUGUGGUUAUGGGUCCACAUCCCCAACCAGAGGGCUAGGUAGAGCCAUAAAAACAUUGCUUACACCCUUCUGCAAGCAAGACAGGUUUCUCUCCGUCAUGGGCCACCAUUGCAAAGAUCACAGAUUGUUGGUCCCUCCUGUCACACCUCUACAUCUAUCAGUCUAUAAUUGUGCAGUGAACAGUUAACGGCACAACGCUUACACAUUAGGCAAGCAUAAUUGAAUCUUUACAUAUGCUAAUUACCCACAGGUAGUGGCGCUCCAUCAUGCUGUCUAAUUACCUAAUGAAUUAUGCGCAUAAUCGUUCCUCCGUAAUUACAUGAUUUUCUCAUUAAUGUCAUUGAUGUCAGGGUUUAUAAUUGACUGUGUGUGUGUGGUGUCGGCCUGAGUAAACAACCUCCAUACCAAACAUGACUUGACAAAGUAGUCAGCUGAAACAGUAACAGACUGUUGCUCAGGCUGGUGGGCUGUAGGUUUGGCAGUAAGAGCCUCUACACAAGGGGCUUUCAAAUCGAUUUUCUCCCUGGUAGUUAAUACAUUUACAUUUUAGUCAUUUAGCAGACGCUCUUAUCCAGAGCAACUUACAGUUAGUGAGUGCAUACAUUUUUUUUCAUACAUUUUUUCUAUACAUUUAUAAUGUCAGGUUAACUUAGUAUCAAUGUGAAACCAUAUCAGAUGCUGAGAGAGUAACCUUGCUGUGUGGUUUCUCUGUGUGUUAUUGUAGGUUUGACAGUAAAUACUCUGUUUUUGUAGGUUUUACAGUGAAAACCCUCUGUGUUUUAGGUUUGACAGUGAGAAGCCUUAUGCCAUGCUGAAUGCAUCCCACAAACAGAUCCAGGAGAAGGAGACUGUGAUGGCUGGGCUGGUGGAGUCUGCCAGCCUGUUUGAGGUGACUGUCUCUGACUACAGACAACUACGACAGUGCAGGUGAGACAGGGCUACUUUUUCAGUUUUUCUAAACUCUUUUCUCACAAGGUUUCUUCCUUCAAGGGAGUUUUUCAUUCUACUGUUUUCCCUUAGAAGAUCCAGGCCGGGUUACUGUAAAGAACUCGGUGUAAAAUAUUUUUUGUGAAAAGUGCUAUAUUAAUGCAAUUGUUUGAUUGAUGUACUGACUGACCGACUGAUUGUUAUAUCCUGUGGUUCCCCAGGCGUGAGGUGGUGCUGCUGAAGGACCUGUGGGACAUGAUAGCUGUAGUAAACAGUAGUAUGGCUGCCUGGAGGACCACACCAUGGAGAGACAUCAACAUAGAGGACAUGGAACUGGAGUGUAAACUCUUCAAUAAAGAUAUCAGAGCAUUGGAUAAAGAGGUGAGGGGGAGAGAUGAGGAUGAGGAGAAAGGAGGGGAGAAGAGGAGAGGGGUAUAAAGAGGAGAGGAGAAAAAUAAACAGAUUUCACAUUUUGGGGCGGAUUUUACUCCAGAUUGUACUCUGGCCACAAUCAAAAAGAGAAAAACCCAUUGUAAAAGAACAAAUACAUUUCUCACACCUUGCCUCUCCCUUACUUUUUCCUGACACUCACCUCUCCCGCCAGUGUUUUUGGCUGUUAAUGCUGAACUGUAUCAUAAAAACCCUUCUUCCUCCUAGGUGCGAUCGUGGGAGGCGUUCUCAGGUCUGGACAGCAGGGUAAAGAACCUCCUGACCUCCCUCAGGGCCGUAGCAGAGCUCCAGAACCCUGCCAUACGGGCCAGACACUGGCACCAGCUCAUGGCUGCCACCGGGGUGCGCUUCACCAUGGACCAGGAGACAACACUGGCGGACCUGCUGCAGCUCAAUCUGCACAACUUUGAGGAGGAGGUGAGGGGCAUCGUGGACAAGGCUGUCAAAGAGAUGGGAAUGGAGAAGGUGCUCUCUGAACUCAACUCUACAUGGACCGGUACAGUACAGAAUACCCUGAAACUGAGCUCAAUCAUGACAUUUAUCAGACUCCUGUACUAGUCAUGUUUAAUCUGUGAUUGACUGAUUGGUUGAUUGACUGAUUGGUUGAUUGACUGAUUGGUUGAUUGCUCCAGGUAUGCAGUUCCAGUACGAGCCUCACCACCGUACCCUGGUGCCCCUGCUGCGCUCGGACGAGGACCUGAUUGAGACCCUGGAGGACAAUCAGGUGCAGCUGCAGAACCUCAUGUCCUCCAAGUACAUCGGCCACUUCCUGGAGGAGGUGUCGUCAUGGCAACGGAAAUUGUCAGUGGCGGACGGGGUGAUAUCCAUCUGGUUCGAGGUGCAGCGUACCUGGACCCAUCUGGAGAGCAUCUUCAUAGGCUCUGAGGACAUCCGCUCACAGCUGCCCGAGGUCAGACACACACACACACACACACACAGACACACAUGCUCAAAGACACGCACACACACACACUCGCAUUUGCAUGCACACAUGCACUCCCAUUUGACAAGUUUGUUUUUUAUCCUUCAUAAGGGCUCUGUCUGUACCACUUUCAUGCAUGUUCAUUAAGAAAUCAUUAGUUGUCUAAACUCCAGCCUACUUUGUAAAUCAGAAUUACACAUUUCCUUAAUUACCUUGAUGAUGAUGCUAUUCCUCUGGUUCCAGUGCUAGUCUUAAAGCCAGAUGUUUGUAGUUAAUAUCUCUCUCUGUGAUUCUCUCUGUCCUCUGGGAACUCCUAUCCCCUGGCCGGGCUCCCACAAUGCAAUUCUCCCCAGGACUCCAAACGCUUUGAUUGGAUUGAUGCUGAUUUCAAAGAGCUGGCGAACGCAGCCCAUAAAACGCCCAAUGUGGUGGAGGCCACCAAUAAAGCAGGCCUGUUCAGCAAACUGGAGGACAUUCAGAGCAGGUGGGGGAAGGAGAGGGAGUAUGUGGUGGUGUGGUUGGAUUCUCUUUCUCACAGUGCUAAAAAAUGUUUUUGGACUGAAAUUUGUGUUAGCGAAAAGAGAAUGAUAGUGUUAUCGAUAGAAAAAGGCAACACAUAUAAAUGUAAGAACUUACCCAUGCAUGUAUUUAUACACUUGCACAUUAUCACACUCACACAAUUGACUGAUAAUGUCUGUGUCUAUCCUUGUGUAGACUAUCUCUGUGUGAGAAGGCCUUGUCUGAGUAUCUGGACACCAAGCGUCUGGCCUUCCCCAGAUUCUAUUUCAUCUCCUCUGCUGACAUGCUGGACAUACUGUCCAAUGGAACCAACCCACUCCAGGUAGGAACCUACACCCAUUAGGUGUAUCCACAAAGCCUCUGAGUAGGAGUGCUGAUCUAUGAUCAGUUUUGCCUUUUAGGACAUAAUGAAUACGAUUAUAUUGACAGUUUGGGACCUGAUCCUAGAUCAGCACUCUUACUCUGAGACGUUUUGUGAAUACGGGCCCAGAAGUCUCACAAUGAAUAAUGAAUACUUAUGAGUUUUUUGCUCAUACCUGUAGGACUAUGAGUCUCCACAAGAGAGCAGUGUUGGUCAUAGUUUGCAAGAGUCUUUACACCUCAUCCUGGGAAUAAAGAAAAAAGGGCAAAAUUGUUCUCUUCUCUAUUGAAGGAUAGUUGAACAACGACUUUGAACAAAGACUUUUGUUGAAACUUGUCAAUAAAGAGUGGUCCUAUCUGCUCCGUCCCUAGGUCCAGAGACAUCUAUCCAAGCUGUUUGACAACACAGCUAAGAUGCAGUUUGAGACAGACAUGGACGGGAAACCUACUAAGACAGGUCUGGGCAUGUUCAGUAGGGAGGAGGAGUACGUCCCCUUUAAUCAGCCCUGCGACUGCACCGGACAGGUAACGCUAGGAUGGGGAACAGGGACUGAAAGAUGUUAGCAUUUGUCAGACAUUCUCAGUCCAAUCUGUUAAAUAUCAAAGCAUGUAAAUCAAAUGUAUUAGUUCCCUAUUAGUCCCCUUCAUUUGAAUGAAAGGCCAGUUGUGUAUAUUCAUGUUGACUGAUGCCCCUCGGUUAAAAAGUGACAGACACAUUAAUAGUAUGGAUGUGUAGUAUGUCAUCGUCGUGUGUGGUUGUCUUCAGGUGGAGGUGUGGUUGAACUGUGUUCUGGACACCAUGCGGUCAACAGUGCGUCAUGAGAUGACCGAGGCAGUGAUGGCCUAUGAGGACAAACCCAGAGAACAGUGGCUGUUUGACUACCCCGCUCAGGUAGUACUGUAUUACAUUAGAAUUAGAAGAAGGUGUGUUAGAGCAGGGCUGUCACAAAAGCCUGCACACCCAAUAGCUCUCCAGGAGGAGGGUUGACCGCUCCUGCCAUGACCUGUGUCUUUUAUCGAUCUGUGUAGGUGGACCUGAUGUGCACUCAGAUCUGUAAGUCAAACCUCUAUCUUCCUCUGACCUUUGACCUCUAACUUCUAAUCUGUAUGUGUAUCUCGCCUUCUAGGUGGCCCUGACGUGUACUCAGAUCUGGUGGACGUCAGAUGUGGGCAUGGCCUUCUCCCGUCUGGAGGAGGGAUAUGAGAACGCCAUGAAAGAAUACUACAGGAAGCAGGUCGCCCAGCUCAACACACUCAUCUCCAUGCUGAUUGGACAGCUGUCGCUGGGCGACCGCCAGAAGGUCAUGACCAUCUGCACCAUAGACGUCCAUGCGAGGGACGUGGUUGCUAAAAUCAUCGCUCAGAAGGUAUCAGUUUUAGUUAGUUUUCAACCUUUUUUCAAUUAUGAAAUUAACAUAAUGAUAAAGGCUUUACAAAAGUACCUGAGGGAAGUUUUGCAACUUUACCGAAGAAAGAAAGCGUUUUGGAUGUUUUUUGACUCGUCCCUGUUUUUCGUCUUCUUCCAAUUCCCUAUCUCUCUCUUCAUUCCCCCAUCGCCAGGUGGAGAACUCUCAGGCGUUCGUAUGGUUGUCUCAGCUGCGUCAUCGCUGGGAUGAGAAGGAGAGACACUGCUUCGCCAACAUCUGUGACGCCCAGUUCCUUUAUUCAUACGAGUACCUGGGCAACACACCACGACUGGUCAUCACCCCGCUGACUGACAGGUACACUGACCAAUAACAACUACGCUGGCACAGGGUAUCACAUUCUCAUUGCUUAUCAUCCCACUCACAGAUAAGUACUACUAUGGUUGGUUACUUUUUUGAUAGACAAGUUAGGGCGAGCCUAAUCUCUCGUGAACAGAUUCUGCGCAUAAACCGAAGAAUCUGUCACAACAGGAUGGAAUUGGUAGGAUAACGAGCAGAAGUAGUUCUGGUGUUUGGGUUUUUGUCACUGAUUAUUUGGAUUGAUGUAAAAGGAUUGGGAGAAGGCAGUGCUUAAAUGUUGACUGCUUUGCACACGUGGUGAAAUUAGCCCUCACUGCGGCACAUGGAACGGGGCGGAGUUGGUUGUGGGCGUGGUCAGUUGUGGGCAGGGUCGGCCCGGGCCUGCCCCACCUACCACACGUUUUUAUUGGUUGAAGGGCAAAACGCAGCCUGCGUGGUGAUACGUUAGCACAUACAUGUGUCACACCCUGGCUCUGGGACUCAUUAUGUUGAGCCAGGGUGUGUUCAUUCUAUGUGUUUAUUUCUAUGUUGGUAGUUCUGUUGUGUCUAUUUCUAGGUUGUUGUAUUUCUUUGUUUGAGUGACUCCCAAUCAGAGGUAACGAGUGUCAGCUGUUGGCUCGUUGUCUCUGAUUGGGAGCCAUAUUUAAACUGUCUGUGUUCACCUUGUGUUUGUGGGUUUUUGUUCCUUAUGCGGUCAGUGUAACCGUGGACUUCACGAGUCGUGUUUUGUUUGUAAUUUAGAUACUUUAAUAGAAUAAAGUCAUGUUCGUUUCACACGCUGCGCCUUGGUCUACUCUCCUUUACGACGAUCGUGACAGAAAAACCCACCAUCAAAGGACCAAGCAGCAUGUCCAGGAACAGGCAACCUGGACGUGGGAGCAGCGUCGGAGGGUCGAGAGGCAACCCCAAGAAAUUUUUAGGGGGGGGCACACGGCAUGGACGACGGAGGCAAAGAUGGGGCGAAUCCAGGAGGCCACCAGGCCAGGGGUACACCGCCCUGUACGUCCUGUGCGGAUGCCUCACACAGAGUGUGUGAGGGUAGGCAUUCAGCCAGGACGGGUGGUGGCCGCUGUUCACUCCAGGCCUCCUAUCCGUCUCCACAGCCCGGUCCGGCCUGUUCCUGCCACCCGCACCAAGUCUACGGUGCGCGUCGCCAGCCCGACCCGGCCUGUUCCUGCCACUCGCACCAAACCUACGGUGCGCGUCGCCAGCCCGGUCCGGCCUGUUCCUGCCACCCGCACCAAGUCUACGGUGCGCGUCGCCAGCCCGACCCGGCCUGUUCCUGCCACUCGCACCAAACCUACGGUGCGCGUCGCCAGCCCGGUCCGGCCUGUUCCUGCCACCCGCACCAAGUCUACGGUGCGCGUCGCCAGCCCGACCCGGCCUGUUCCUGCCACUCGCACCAAACCUACGGUGCGCGUCGCCAGCCCGACCCGGCCUGUUCCUGCCACUCGCACCAAACCUACGGUGCGCGUCGCCAGCCCGGUCCGGCCUGUUCCUGCCACUCGCACUAAGCCAGGGGUGCGAGAAGUCAGCCUGGUAAGGCCCGUUCCUCCUCCACGCACAAAGCCAGUGGUGCGAGUCGUCAGCCUGGUAAGGCCCGUUCCUCCUCCACGCACCAAGCCUACGGGGUGCGUCGUCAGCCCUGUCCGGCUCGUUCCUGCUCUCCGCACCAAGUCUGUGGUGCGCGUCGCCAGCCCAUUCCGGUCCAUUCCUGUUCCACGCACCAAGCCAGGGGCGCGUGUCGUCAGUCCGGCUCCGGCCAGCGGGGCUAGACAGGACCAGGGGUACUUUGGGGGGUGUAUCGGAGGGUGGUGGUCAAGGCCGGAGCCAGAACCGCCGCCGAGGAGGUAUGCCCGCCCAGCCCUCCCCUGUUUUGUUUAGUUGAGGCGCGGUCGCAGUCCGCGCCUUUAGGGGGGGGGUACUGUCACACCCUGGCUCUGGGACUCAUUAUGUUGAGCCAGGGUGUGUUCAUUCUAUGUGUUUAUUUCUAUGUUGGUAGUUCUGUUGUGUCUAUUUCUAGGUUGUUGUAUUUCUUUGUUUGAGUGACUCCCAAUCAGAGGUAACGAGUGUCAGCUGUUGGCUCGUUGUCUCUGAUUGGGAGCCAUAUUUAAACUGUCUGUGUUCACCUUGUGUUUGUGGGUUUUUGUUCCUUAUGCGGUCAGUGUAACCGUGGACUUCACGAGUCGUGUUUUGUUUGUAAUUUAGAUACUUUAAUAGAAUAAAGUCAUGUUCGUUUCACACGCUGCGCCUUGGUCUACUCUCCUUUACGACGAUCGUGACAACAUGUAACAGAUCAGCUAGCUAGCCACUCUAGCUAGCUAGUUAGCUGGCUAACAUUAUAGGUUUAGAGUCACGUCUAACAAUAAAAAUAAAUAUUUUCUAAUAGAUUUUUGGGUUCCUCAUUUCUGUUGCCUGUAAAUACUUUUUAUGCAUGCUUACAGUGAGGGAAAAAAGUAUUUGAUCCCCUGCUGAUUUUGUACGUUUGCCCACUGACAAAGAAAUGAUCAGUCAGAUUUAUUUGAACAGUGAGAGACAGAAUAACAACAAAAAAAUCCAGAAAAACACAUGUCAAAAAUGUUAUAAAUUGAUUUUCAUUUUAAUGAGGGAAAUAAGUAUUUGACCCCCUCUCAAUCAGAAAGAUUUCUGGCUCCCAGGUGUCUUUUAUACAGGUAACAAGCUGAGAUUAGGAGCACACUCUUAAAGGGAGUGCUCCUAAUCUCAGUUUGUUACCUGUAUAAAAGACACCUGUCCACAGAAGCAAUCAAUCAAUCAGAUUCCAAACUCUCCACCAUGGCCAAGACCAAAGAGCUCUCCAAGGAUGUCAGGGACAAGAUUGUAGACCUACACAAGGCUGGAAUGGGCUACAAGACCAUCGCCAAGCAGCUUGGUGAGAAGGUGACAACAGUUGGUGCGAUUAUUCGCAAAUGGAAGAAACACAAAAGAACUGUCAAUCUCCCUCGGCCUGGGGCUCCAUGCAAGAUCUCACCUCGUGGUGUUGCAAUGAUCAUGAGAACGGUGAGGAAUCAGCCCAGAACUACACGGGAGGAUCUUGUCAAUGAUCUCAAGGCAGCUGGGACCAUAGUCACCAAGAAAACAAUUGGUAACACACUACGCCGUGAAGGACUGAAAUCCUGCAGUGCCCGCAAGGACCCCCUGCUCAAGAAAGCACAUAUACAGGCCCGUCUGAAGUUUGCCAAUGAACAUCUGAAUGAUUCAGAGGAAAACUGAGUGAAAGUGUUGUGGUCAGAUGAGACCAAAAUGGAGCUCUUUGGCAUCAACUCAACUUGACGUGUUUGGAGGAGGAGGAAUGCUGCCUAUGACCCCAAGAACACCAUACCCACCGUCAAACAUGGAGGUGGAAACAUUAUGCUUUGGGGGUGUUUUUCUGCUAAGGGGACAGGACAACUUCACCGCAUCAAAGGGACGAUGGACGGGCCAUGUACCGUCAAAUCUUGGGUGAGAACCUCCUUCCCUCAGCCAGGGCAUUGAAAAUGGGUCGUGGAUGGGUAUUCCAGCAUGACAAUAACCCAAAACACACGGCCAAGGCAACAAAGGAGUGGCUCAAGAAGAAGCACAUUAAGGUCCUGGAGUGGCCUAGCCAGUGGAGGGAGCUGAAGGUUCGAGUUGCCAAACGUCAGCCUCGAAACCUUAAUGACUUGGAGAAGAUCUGCAAAGAGGAGUGGGACAAAAUCCUUCCUGAGAUGUGUGCAAACCUGGUGGCCAACUACAAGAAACAUCUGACCUCUGUGAUUGCCAACAAGGGUUUUGCCACCAAGUACUAAGUCAUGUUUUGCAGAGGGGUCGAAUACUUAUUUCCCUCAUUAAAAUACAAAUCAAUUUAUAACAUUUUUGACAUGCAUUUUUCUGUUUUUUGUUGUUGUUAUUCUGUCUCUCACUGUUCAAAUAAACCUACCAUUAAAAUUAUAGACUGAUCAUUUCUUUGUCAGUGGGCAAACAUACAAAAUCAGCAGGGGAUCAAAUACUUUUUUCCCUCACUGUACAUCCACAGUGGGAUUUCAACAGUUUCUUUCUGUUUGUCUAAAUAAUUAUUUAUUGUAUUUAAUCUUAAAUUAUGUUACAACAUUCCAACCUUGUUUAGCAUUAUCUAGUCCAAAUAUGGCAUGAUUCCACUAUUUGUAUGCGUUAGCAUCACUUUCAAUGAGGGACAUUUAUUUUUAAGGUGAACUGCAAAUUCACUAUGGUGGCUAAUAAGUUAUUUUGGCUAGCUUCACAUAUGUAGGGACAAGCGGGUGCCAGGGCCAGAGGACUGACAUAACGUUGGCCAACGUUCAGAUAUAAAUGUAUUAUAUAGAAAUAUGCCUCUCUGAUUCUAAGGAAUCAUGUCAGUUCUAUUCAUGGCAUUUCUAUCUGCAAUAUAUUUUUUCUUGGAUUAAUACAAAUAAUCGUAAGAAAAAUGUAUUUGUUGUUGUUUAGCACCUUUCAUACAAGCAAUUGCAGCUUGAACGGGGUUACUGCAUUAUUGUGGGAAACAUCACAGAAAAAAGUUUGAAUAUAAAAAGCGGAUUCAUGACCUGUUUCUGUAGUCCUCUGGCAAACUGUGGCUGUGGAACUGACCAGUAGCCUAUUCCCUUUGAAGACAGAACAAAGCACCACAAAGACAAUGGUGUUUGAAGGCUGGAUCAGUGAUCAGUGGUCGUAGAGGCAGCAUAUGGCCAGAGACAGUCCUCUAUCUCGUUAUCUCUGCCUGUCAAACUGUUGACCACUGACCCUCUGUCAUUCAGCCAUACUGGAGUCAGGGAAAGUUUGAUAUAAAGUUGUCAUUCAUUCACAGAUGGCUUAAACAGUUUGAUUUCAGGUUUCAGAUUUGUGUUUGGAUUUCAAUCACAUAGUUCUGGAAGCAAAUGUGUUUAUAGGGGUUUUGUUGGCAUCCCCCUGGUAGAAAAACAAUGAUAUAAUCACACGUACACAAUACUUCUCAGUUAAACGGCACAAAUUGUUUCGGCCCCUUCUGAGAACUGUGUUUAGGCAUUUUAGGUAUUCAGAACAAGCAGGUUUGUAGCCACCCAGACAAUUGAUUGUGUGAUAUUUGUCCAUAUUUCAAAAACGUCUAUAAAAACGUUGGCAACAGUCUCUGGAUGACACAGAUUGGAUCGUUUGUCUUCCGGAAGCUUGCAUAUCUCUUUAACACAAUCUCUCUCUCUCUCGCUCUCUCUCUCAGUAUAUUAUCUAUUUACCCUCUGAUUGCUAAAAUGAUUACCACAUUGAUUUCAGAGGCGAAACAUUGCAUUUAUAUUGAUGAUCAAUGCAGAUUUGAUUGUCUCUAUCAGUCCUUCUAAACACCUUAGUGCACUAUUGAAACAUUCAGAUUGUUGUUGCAUUUAAAUGCCUGCUUGUUAUUUAAUUGAAUUAAUCAGCCUAUGACAGAAGUGAAGUUGUUAUUACUAAGGAGUGUGAUGUGUGUGUGUGGGUUUAACUCUUCGGAGUGUGUGUGUGUAUGGGUGUGUGUUUUAACUGUGUGUGUUUCCCAGGUGCUACAUCACUCUGACCCAGUCCCUCCACCUGACUAUGAGUGGUGCUCCAGCAGGCCCAGCAGGCACUGGCAAGACAGAGACCACCAAGGAUCUGGGCCGAGCCCUCGGCAUCAUGGUCUAUGUAUUCAACUGCUCCGAGCAGAUGGACUACAAGGUGGGCUCCCACUCCCUCUACAGACAGGCUAUGAAUCAUCUAAGUCAGAGAUGGGCAACUUUGAUGGGGGUGGGGGCCACAAAAAAACAGAAUUCAUCAUAAGGGCCCGCAGUUGCUCACGGGUCUGCGUACCCACAUCCAUACCUCCCACAUUGCGAGCAAAACAUCUUGACAGCGGAGAUUUCUUAAAAAUUAAGUUUUUGAGUUAAUUUCGUGCAAUUCUACACAUUUUGCCAUGGAGUGUAGAGCAAAUGUUGCAAUUUAAAGCAAGUUCGCUGCAAUUCUACACAUUUUGCCAAGUGGCGGAGAGAAAUGUUUGCAGUUUUUAGUAUGAUAUCUGAGUGAGACUGACUAACAAAAUCAAUGGGGGCCCCCCGGCCGGUAAUACGACCAUGAUAACAAGUUUGGAUAGCUGGCCGCUAAACUAAUUUAGCAAUCUAAAGAAUGUCAGCUGACAUGGGCUAAUUGACUGACUAUCAGUGGCUGACAUAAGAGUAAAACAGUUGAUGCACAACCAAAUUUCAAAAUUGCACCUUGUGUAGUCUACUAUUCUAACUAUUCUAAGUUGAGACCCCGACUGAGUUUCUUUUGGGGGGGGGGGGGGGGGGGGGGCGGGGGAAUUAAUCCGAGGGCCGCCAGUUGCCCAUCCCUGAUCUAAGCUCUGCUUCUCCAACUCUACUCGGUGUGGGUAUUUGAAAUGGAGAUGGAGAGGAGGGUAAAGAGAGCUCCCUGUCUCUCUCUCUUUCUGUCUCAUCUCUCUCUCUCUCUCCCUCUGUCAUUGAAGGAAGAACAUAACAGUUCAACCUGACGGAUGCAUUUAUUUAGCUGUUAAGCGUUGUCAGAUGCCCAUCUCAGUGUUCCUGCCGCAACAUGCACACACACACACACACACACACACACACACACACACACACACACACACACACACACACACACACACACACACACACACACACACACACACACACUCACUGCAUCAAUAGAGACGCAGGCAUAAUCUCUUCAUACAGCUUGUUGCUGCCUCUCUAGACAGGAUAAUUAUUAUUGCCCUUCCCACCCUACACACACACACACACACACACACACACACACCACACUGCAUUGAUGUGUCAGAGAGAAGCACUAAUAUACACCAGGAGAGGCAGAGAUGGUGUAAAGUCAUACAACCAAGCGGCACACACACACACUCUCACACACACACACACACACACACACACACACACACACACACACACAUCAAACCUGCAGUCAGGCUUGGUUAGUGUCAGGGCUCUGCCCUAUAAUGGGGAGGAAGAUUUGGAUCCUACCUCUCUCCUGUCUAGUGAAUCUCAGGAGGCUGUUUCACCUGCUCAGAAGUUUGUGUUCUGUGUCUGUGGAGAAAACUGAUCGUGGGUGGUGUGUGUUGGCAUUUAACCUUUUUCAAUAGACAGCCGGCAACAAAAUGUCACCCGUUUAGGAAAGAAUGUUUAGGCCCUUGCUAUUGUGGUAAAUCUCAAAUGUCUGUUGUCAAUCUUACCUUCAAUCUUACUCUGUAUAAAACACAUCUCCCUCCCACCCCCCAUCCCCCUCUCUCUCUCUUUCUCCUCUCUUCUCUCUCUCUCUCUCUCUCUGACCCCUCAUCCAGUCAUGUGGGAACAUCUAUAAAGGCCUGGCCCAGACAGGAGCGUGGGGCUGCUUUGACGAAUUUAACAGGAUCACUGUGGAGGUGCUGUCUGUGGUCGCUGUGCAGGUAAGCAUGUCCCUGGGCUAAUCAUACAGUGCGCUCCAAAAGUAUUGGGACAGUGACACUUUAUAUAUUGACUCUGGACUGUAAAUUAAGAAUAUAAUAUGUUUCUAAACACUUCUACAUUAAUGUGGAUGCUACCAUGAUUGUGGAUAGUCCUGAAUUAAUUGUGAAUAAUGAUGAGUGAGAAAGUUACAGACGCACAAAUAUCACCCCCCCCCCAAAAAAAAAAAAAUGAAUGCGAACCUCGCCUGUUAUUGUAAUGGGGAGAGGUUAGCCUGUCUUGGGGGAAUGAUAUUUGUGCCUCUGUAAUUCUCACUCAUCAUUAUUCGCGAUUCAUUCAGGACUAUCCAUAAUCAUGGUAGCAUCCACAUUAAUGUAGAAGUGUUUAGAAACAUAUUCUAUUCUUCUUUACAAUAAAAGUGACUCCUAAAUUACACAAUACAUGAUUUACCUUUCAUUUCUAUUGGGCACAAAAUAAUCUGAACCAAUGAUUGCAUGAGUUAGCACAGUACAUAUUCAUAUUUUGUAUUGUGUAUUGUUACGAAACUCAUAACUAGGUUACGGAUAUUGUUGCACUCGCUUUGUCUAGGUGUCCUAGGCCUAGUUACAUGAUCUGUAACCUGAAUGAAUGUGUGCAUUUAUGUGAGAAAUCAGCAUUUGAGGACCGUGAUGGAUGUACAUGUGCCCAGGGAGACAGCAAUCUUAACUUGGUAAAAAAAAGACUCUUAAAACCAACAAACCCAGUAGCAUCACGGCUUGCAAACAGGGACACUCACUGACCAUCACCUUAAUUGGUUGCACCUGAUUUGCUUAUCAACCAGACUCAGCAUCUGGACAAGGUUGCUGCUGCCCCCUGGGUGAAUGGAGUGUGGAAGUUUAUCCUGGAUAGUGUGUUUGUUUAUGCCCUAAUACUUACCUUCCCCCAUAUCAUAACAUUAUGUGCAGUAGGUAAUGCUUGUUAAAUCACAAUGAUCGUGAUAAUGUUGAUAGGUUUCCGUCAUCAUCAGACUAUCAAUCAAUCAAUCAAUUUUAUUUUAUAUAGCCCUUCUUACAUCAGCUAAUAUCUCGAAGUGCUGUACAGAAACCCAGCCUAAAACCCCAAACAGCUAGUAAUGCAGGUGUAGAAGCACGGUGGCUAGGAAAAACUCCCUAGAAAGGCGAAAACCUAGGAAGAAACCUAGAGAGGAACCAGGCUAUGAGGGGUGGCCAGUCCUCUUCUGGCUGUGCCGGGUGGAGAUUAUAACAGAACCAUGCCAAGAUGUUCAAAAAUGUUCAUAAGUGACAAGCAUGGUCAAAUAAUAAUCAGGAAUAAAUCUCAGUUGGCUUUUCAUAGCCGAUCAUUAAGAGUUGAAAACAGCAGGUCUGGGACAGGUAGGGGUUCCAUAACCGCAGGCAGAACAGUUGAAACUGGAAUAGCAGCAAGGCCAGGCGGACUGGGGACAGCAAGGAGUCACCACGGCCGGUAGUCCCGACGUAUGGUCCUAGGGCUCAGGUCUCUCAGUUGGCUUUUCAUAGCCGAUCAUUAAGAGUUGAAAACAGCAGGUCUGGGACAGGUAGGGGUUUCGUAGACUAGCAGUAUAGCACAGCACAGCCAGUUUUUCUGCCCUCUCCCCGGCAGCUAGCUAUGAAAGGAAACGUUCUCAAUAAGUCAGAGAGAGAGAGAGAACUAUGAAAUUGUAAAGCGGCAGAACAGAGCAAUAGAUGUGCGUUAGCAGGCUUAUUUAAUAAUAAAUCAGGCUAUGCUUAGAAAGGAAGAAGACCUUGGAAAAGAAUGGCAGAGAACAAUCAAAUAUUUCUGACGGGCGCUCUCCCACCCUCUCCAGUACCAUCUUCUCCUUCCUCUGCGCUUCACCCAGGUUGUGUUCAUAACAGCACGCAACAGAAAACAUUUUAAACUGUUUUGCAACGCAAACAACAAAAUUAGCGUUUCUCAUUGGACAAGUCCAGGUAGUGCCUUCCUCCCUUUUUCUCAGUCUGUUUUUCUUCUGUUCUGUGCCUAAUGAACACGACCCACCCGUCUUCUCCAUAAGCGAAUGUCAGAGGAUGGUGUACGAUAAUCCAUUCUGUUUAAGGGGAGAGGAGGCGCCAUAACGUAGCUGCAGUUUGUGAGUGCGUUCGCAGAUGGCAGGAUCAAUUCUCCAUUAGGUAAAGGGCAGGGAAACAGAAGGCAGCACAGACACAGCUGAAUGGAGACAGAUGAGCUAAAUUCAGCCCCUCUCUUCUCCUCAACACAACUGUCUGUUGGUGAAAUUGUCUGCAAAAUACCAGACUGGAUGAUGAAUAAUGCCUAAUGGGUGUAUAAUUAUGGGAGUGUUUGUGUUGUUUCAUAUACACACAGAGUCAACACAGCGUUUUCGAAACUAAUCUAUUUUACCACACAGUCGAGAUCUUGGAUUCAGCCAAGGACACGGCAACAUUCAUCUUAUUCUUACUGUACACAUCCUAGACACACACACAGAUGUAGGAUAUGUCAUAUGAUGAGAAUGAACUAGUGUUGCCGUUUUAUCAUUUCAGUAAACGCUAGCUUAUAGCUUUUUCGAAGAAAGUGAGACUCCAUCUCCGUAUAUAAAAUGCUGGCCGUAAAACAAGAUGCGUCCAUGCAAAUAUCAUUGCCUAGGCUAUAUUUUAGAGUGUGAAUACCAUUCCAUUUUGUGUUUGUUGGUGAUUGAAUACCAGCGGUAGUAUCUUACAAGACCACCUACCUAUUCUAGCUUUGUUAUCAGACUGAACAUAGUUCCUGACUGUCUUCUAUAUCUAUACAUCUCUGUAUAUCUAUACAUCUGUCCUGUCCAGGUGAAGAGCAUCCAGGACGCCAUCCGAGACAAGAAGCAGAGGUUUAACUUCAUGGGCGAGGAGGUGAAUCUCUUCCCCUCUGUAGGCAUCUUCAUCACUAUGAACCCAGGCUACGCUGGCAGGACCGAACUACCUGAGAACCUCAAGGCCCUGUUUAGGUAACACACGGAACACGCACAAAAGGGUUUCCUUGUUUUUACAGUGCUAUGAUGUCGUAUUUAACAAUAGAAUGAUGAGACUGAUGAAAAACAAAGAUGAUUUACCCCCUUUAAAGCAUUCACCGUGGGAUGUGUAUGAAAAUGUUGACGGAAGAAAAACGGACAAAUGACAAUGAAUAUAUUUCAGUCCAACAGUUACAUGAACUGAAUGUCCCCGACGGGAUUUGUACCAGGGUUGACUGCAAGCCACAUGACUGUCAGCCCACUGAACUUAAUCUUACUUUCUCUCCCUCCUUCCCUCCCUCCCUCCCUCCCUCCCUCCCUCCCUACCUCCCUCCCACCCUCUCUGUAGGCCUUGUGCCAUGGUAGUACCAGACUUUGAGUUGAUCUGUGAGAUCAUGUUGGUGGCUGAAGGUUUCCUCGAUGCCAGAGUCCUGGCCAGGAAGUUCAUCACCCUCUACACACUCUGCAAAGAGCUGCUUUCCAAACAGGUACAGUAUGCUUCAGAUCCUUGAUCUUAUACACUAGCUCCAUUAUAGCCUGGUCCCUUGUCUGUUUGUGCUGUCUUGCCAACUCCCAUGGUCAUUGUGGCGUGACAAUGACCAAAGGAGUUGGCAAGACAGCACAAACAGAUCUGGGACCAGGCUAGCUCCAUUAUGUCCAUAUUGAUUAUUACACAAAAAUGACUGGAUAUAGAGAAGAACUACAGCUCCAUACAGAAUCUGAUAUUCCAGAUAUGAAACACUGCCAUACAGUAAGUGGAUGAACAUUACAUUUGAUACUCUGCAUAGCCUGUAUGUGAUGCAUGGCAAUGAGUGUUACAGAACAUGUAUUUGACACUCAGUAUAGAGUAGGGCUGUUGCGGUGACCGUAUUACCCCACACUGGCAGUCAUGAGUCAUGACCGCAGUAAAAUUCUAUGUGACCACUGAGUCACGGUAAUCUCUUGUUAUGCACUCUGAACAGUAGUACCCAACUCGCUAAUGAUCAUCAGGUCGCUAAUGGCCUGGUAUUCAGGGAUCUAUUGUCCCUCUAACCACUCUGACAUCAAUGCAAUAGAAAAUCACAUCAAACACUUAUCAUCAAACCAGUAUCGUGCUUUUAAAACUCACCUCACUGUGAUUGAUCAAUUUGAAGAAAGAAGUUCAACAGCAGGUUGAAACUGAGUGGAAAACAUGGUCAUUGUGGAUGUUGUUUCAAAGCCUAACACAAUGAAAUGGGCAGUGCUUUCUAAGGUGAUGAUUCAUUCAAAACAUCCAUAUGCAUAUUAGAGUUUAUGCAUAAGCAUAGGCCUAUAUAUGAGCCAAAGCCCCCCCCCCCCCCCCCCCCCCCCCAAAAAAAACCUGAAUUAAAAUAAUGAUUGUGCCGUUAUACAAUACAUACAUUAUACAUGGCAGAAAAACAUUGGGACAUAAUUGGUCUAGCCUAAAUUAAACAAAUUCAGAUUUAGCCUACAAUUAUAGUGAAUUUGAUUUUAAAUAGCCUAAUAAUAGGGAAUGUUUUAUAUUUUAAUAAUUAAUAGGUUGACAAAUUACCUUUUAGCUACAGAAUAUCUCACCACCAUGAGUUUCCAUCUCCUCCCCUCUCUCCUUCAUUAAUUUCUCCAGCGCGCAGAGAGAGGGGCUGUCAACAGUUUAAUGAAAUAUGUUUUGUUUUGAAAACAUGUUACUAUCAAUGUUCCUGAAGAGAUUUCACUUGGUUUCCCAAAUGAAGCACUAGGUAGCUGCAGGAAAUGGUUGGAGAGCCCAUGGCAUACAGAGUUUAGGUGGAAUAUCACCUGUAGCGCAGCGAAAUUACCGGAGUGGCCGACCCAACGUGAGUGAAAAUUGUACCUGCAGGAAAGUGGCCUCCAUUCGCUAUUCCAGUGCAUACGGAUUAUGUCUUUUUUUUCCCCCUGCCCCUGUUCCUGCCAAUUUGAUAAUGGGUCAUUCUAAAUCUAACCUAAUUUUACAUAUUAGUAAAUAUGUAUAUUGAGAAUAGUCUGAUGGGUGAAAAUAUGUUCACUUGAUGAGAGAACAGCAUGUGCAGUCUGAGGCAAGGAACAGAGCGCAUGUUAUUUUUUUGUACAUUCUCAAAUCGUCAAUAGCCUAUAGUCGCAUCAUCCAGCCCAUAUAUCUUUUGAUUUCUAAGGCAUUCUAAGGUUUGUAACGUUCACAACUAAAGUUACCAAAUAACUCUGGACCUGUUUCAAAUGAUCACUUUUACGAUCAGCAUAGCCACUUCAUAUGCUCACACACUCGCUCCAGAAUGGGAAAAAUAAAGUUCAAUUAUAUUCUUCUUACUAUAAAAUCAUAUAAUAUAAAAUAAUAGCAUGACCGUGUUAAUGUUAAUUACCGGUCAAUUACCGAGAGAGAUGUUUAUUAUGGAUUAAUAUCCUGCUGUCGGAGGUCCAUUAAACUGUCAUAGUUACUCUUUUUAUGGCCCUUCAUGACGCACAAGUUCUUUGGUAGCUAUAAACUAAGACGAUAAUGAACAGAUUGUAUACUAAACAAUGUUCUUAUUGGCUGAAAUGGCAAAUCAAUGAAAGGAAUACAAAAAACAAGUGGUUGAUUAUCUAAAAGUGGAUUAAAUAAUGCUGGGACUACAUUAUGUGUCAUCAUAUUAUUAUGAAAUAACUUGCUGUGUGCAAACUUGUGUGUAACAAAGAUAUACACUACCAGUCAAACGUUUGGACACACCUACUCAUUCAAGGGUUUUUCUUUAUUUUUUUACUAUUUUUUAUAUUCUAGAAUAAUAGUGAAGACAUCAAAACUAUGAAAUAACACAAAUGGAAUCAUGUAGUAACCAAAACAGUGUUAAACAAAUCAAAAUAUAUUUUAUAUUUGAGAUUCUUCAAAUAGCCACCCUUUGCCUUGAUGACAGCUUUGCAAACUCUUGGCAUUCUCUCAACCAGCUUCACCUGGAAUGCUUUUCCAACAGUGUUGAACGAGUUACAACAUAUGCUGAGCACUUGUUGGCUGCUUUUCCUUCACUCUGCCGUCCGACACAUCUCAAACCAUCUCGAUUGGGUUGAGGUCGGGGGAUUGUGGAGGCCAGGUCAUCUGAUGCAGCACUCCAUCACUCUCCUUCUUGGUAAAAUAGCCCUUACACAGCCUGGAGGUGUGUUGGGUCAUUUUCCUGUUGAAAAACAAAUUAUAGUCCCACUAAGCCCAAACCAGAUGGGAUGGCGUAUCGCUGCAGAAUCAUGUGGUAGACAUGUUGGUUAAGUGUGCCUUGAAUUCUAAACAAAUCACAGACCGUGUCACCAGCAAAGCACCCCCACACCAUAACACCUCCUCCAUGCUUUACGGUGGGAACUACACAUGCGGUGAUCAUCAGUUCACCCACACCGCGCCUCACAAAGACACGGUGGUUGGAACCAAAAAUCUCCAAUUUGGACAAAUUUCCACCGGUCUAAUGUCCAUUGCUUGUGUUUCUUGGCCCAAGCAGGUCUCUUCUUCUUAUUGGUGUCCUUUAGUAGUGGUUUCUUUGCAGCAAUUCGACCAUGAAGGCCUGAUUCACACAGUCCCCUCUGAACAGUUGAUGUUGAGAUGUGUCUGUUACUUGAACUCUGUGAAGCAUUUAUUUGGGCUGCAAUUUUUUAGGCUGGUAACUCUAAUGAACUUAUCCUCUGCAGGAGAGGUAACUCUGGGUCUUCCAUUCCUGUGGCGGUCCUCAUGAGAGCCAGUUUCAUCAUAGCGCUUGAUGGCUUUUGCGACUGCACUUGAAGAAACUUGAAAUGUUCCGUAUUGACUGACCUUCAUGUCUUAAAGUAAUGAUGGACUGUCGUUUCUCUUUGCUUAUUUGAGCUGUUCUUGCAAUAAUAUGGACUUGGUCCUUUACCAAAUAGGGCUAUCUUCUGUAUACCCCCCCUACCUUGUCACAACACAACUGAUUGGCUCAAAUGCAUUAAGGAAAGAAAUUCCACAAAUGAACCUUUAAGAAGGUGACUACCUCAUGAAGCUGGUUGAGAGAAUGCCAAGAGUGUGCAAAGCUGUCAUCAAGGCAAAGGGUGGCUAUUUGAAGAAUCUCAAAUCUGAAAUAUAUUUUGAUUUGUUAAACACUUUUUUGGUUACUACAAGAUUCCAUAUGUGUUAUUUCAUAAUUUUGAUGUCUUCACUAUUAUUCUACAAUGUAGAAAAUAGUAAAAAAUAAAGAAAAACCCUUGAAUGAGUAGGUGUGUCCAAACAUUUGACCGGUAGUGUAUGUAUAGGUUAAAGUGUUGACAUAUCUUGUUUGACCAUUUGUCCUUGUCUUACCUUCAAAAUAUGUUCUGCUGAAACCACAAAAAAAGGACACAAUCAUGUUUGACAUUUCAAAACAUCAAAGACUAUACUUUAGGGCGGCAGGUAGCUUAGUGGUUAAGAGCAUUGUGACAGGAACCGAAAGGUCGCUGGUUCUAAUCCCUGAGCCGACUAGGUGAAAAAUCUGUCGAUGUGCCCUUGAGCAAGGCACUUAACCCUAAUUGCUCCUGUAAGUCGCUCUGGAUAAGAGCGUCUGCUAAAUGACUAAAAUGUAAAUGUCUGUCUAAUAAACAAGCACUUUGGGAAACUCUUGGUACAAAAGCCAGCCAUUUCUAUCCCUUCGACUACACAUCUUUGUAAUUCUUGGAAAAGGAAAAUGCCCCUUAAAUAUUAAUGUUCCGUCUCUCCCUGGUCUCCAGGACCACUAUGACUGGGGGUUGAGGGCCAUCAAGUCUGUCCUGGUGGUGGCUGGCUCCCUGAAGCGGGGUGACCCAGAUCGGCCGGAGGACCAGGUCCUCAUGCGGGCUCUGAGAGACUUCAACAUCCCUAAGAUCGUGACGGAUGACAUGCCAGUGUUCAUGGGGCUUAUCGGAGACCUGUUCCCUGCUCUGGACGUCCCCAGGAAGAGAGACCUGGAGUUUGAGAAGCAUGUCAAGCAGUCUGUGCUGGACCUCAAACUACAAGCAGAGGAUAACUUUGUACUGAAGGUGAGUUGUAGUUACCGGUUGACCAGGGUGGGCUGUUUCAGCCUUUAGAGUGUUGGUUAAAAGUUAUGAUGAAUGACUCAGGCCUAAACCCAUCCAAAAAGCAUGAAAAGCCACCGUUUUUUGACGGCAGAUGAUAGCCCUAUAUGAACACAGCCAUAAUACUGUAAUGUCCCUGACCUUCAAUAACACUACCAGGGAAAAUAAACCACACUUCAAGCUUGGUAAUUAACAAUAAAACAACCAAUUCAGCUCUAUCGUUUCUCUGCUACUAGUUCCCUUUUCUCCAAAAGCCAUGUACCUGGUGUUGCACUGUACUGUAUCAGUGGUAAGUACACAUUACUGUCAGAGCAGUCUGGGUUGUGGAUGAAUCGGCCAAAUAUACCCAACCCAAACCCUCCGGUUAUACUGUAAUAACGUCCCAGGUGGAAAGGUCCACCGUCCUUAUUCUAGCCAUUAUGCUGCGUUCACACACACACACACACACACUGUCAGAGACAGAGGAAAGCGGGGCCACGGGAAAUGAGUGCAAUCUGCAGCAGGUCAAAGCGGCAUGAUAGCAAAAUAAUGACACUCCAUCACACCGCUGUACCGCAAGAGCAGCUCAUAACCCUGCCACUGUCACAGACACCAUACAUGGAUAUAAACAGGGAGGGAAAAGGCUGAUGAGACAACGGCAGGUCAAUAAUGAUCCAUUUAUAUUGUCUGAACCUUACACUCUCUGUCUCUGUCGGACACCUUAUUUCCUAUAGCCAUAUUAAGCUAUAUUAUAGUGCACUACUUUUCGCCAGAGUCUGUUGGUCAGUAAGAUUGGAGUGAAAGGAGAAAGUCCAGAGGGGAAUGGUUUUAUCUGCAUUUAGUGUUAGCCUCUUGUAGUGCUAGCAUUAGCCUCUUGUGGUGUCAGCUGCCCACACAUCAAAACUGUAAUCAAUGUGGCUCCCGAGUGGCGCAGUGUUCUAAGGCACUGCAUCUCAGUGCUUGAGCUGUCACUACAGACCCCCUGGUUCGAUUCCAGGCUGUAUCACAACCGGACGUAAUUGGGAGUCCCAUAGGGCGGCGCACAAUUGGCCCAGCGUCAUCCGUGUUUGGCCGGUGUAGGCCAUCAUUGUAAAUAAGAAUUUGUUCUUAACUGACUUGCCUAGUUAAAUAAAGAAAAACUAAAAAAAAAUGUGUGUCUUUCAGAUGCUAACACUAUGCUGAGGGUGAAUUGCAUUAAUUGAGCAUGCUAUCAGUGAGUUUCACUGUCAAAGGAAAUAUGGUUUUCUUACAGAGACAUUGAUAUUUGCCACACUGUACUGUAAUCUGUUAUUUUCUCAAGUUCCUGUCACAUCCACCAUUAAAGUUAAUAUUAUUUCUCAGUCAUAAUUGUGUAUCAAAGUGUUGCUGAUAUUAAUGAGAUAAAUUUGAUACUUUACAUAACACAGAUGAGGCAGUGUUAGAGGUAGCAUAAUGUGUUCUUUCCACACUGGUUGAUGUUUGCAGUAAGCAGUAAAUACUGCUCUUUCACUGAACUGUAACGGGAGUGACACACAGUAUGGUACUGAUUUACUCAGCUGCAUUGCAGUGCACCAUACCAUUCUGUAUAGCAAUACUAUACUGUGGUCCUCUGUAGCUCAGCUGGUAGAGCACGGCGCUUGUAACGCUAAGGUAGUGGGUUCGAUCCCCGGGACCACCCAUACACAAAAAAAUAAUGUAUGCACGCAUGACUGUAAGUCGCUUUGGAUAAAAGUGUCAUAUGGCAUAUUAUUAUUAUACUAUAUGUCUCUCCCUUUCUCUCGCUGCCUCUCGCUCUCUCCCUCCUUCCCCCAGGUGGUACAGUUGGAAGAGUUGCUGGCGGUGCGCCACUCUGUGUUUGUAGUGGGUAACGCAGGCACAGGGAAGAGCCAGGUGAUGAGGUCACUCCAACGGACCUACCAGAACAUGAAGCGAAGGCCCGUGUGGGCGGACCUCAACCCCAAAGCUGUGACCAACGACGAGCUGUUUGGCAUCAUCAACCCUGCAACCAGGGAGUGGAGGGAUGGUGAGGGGCGGGCAUGAGGAUGACGGUCAUGAUGGUGAUGGUCAUGACGAUGAUAUGGUCAACAUAUAGACCUUUGAUACGUGUCUGUUUUCCAGGUUUGUUCUCUAACAUCAUGCGUGAGCUGGCUAACCUCAGUCACACUGGGCCUAAAUGGAUCGUACUGGAUGGAGACAUAGACCCCAUGUGGAUCGAGUCUCUCAACACUGUCAUGGAUGACAACAAGGUGUGUGUCUGUCUCUCUGUCUGCGUUUCUCUGUCUGUCUGUGUAAUAAUUCUCUGUACCACUCCCUGCAUUAGGUGUUAACUCUGGCGAGUAAUGAACGUAUCCCUCUCAACCCGACCAUGAGGCUGGUGUUUGAGAUCAGUCACCUCCGGACUGCUACUCCUGCUACUGUAUCUAGAGCUGGUACGCUAGUCUUUCCCUCCUCCUCUCCUCCUCCUCGCCUUAUCCUUCUCUUAUCCUAUUCCUGUCCCCCUGCUCUCCUCUUCUUUUGUCAUUUUCAUAGACCACAUAUUUCACAUUUUACAUGUAUUUGUACAUACCAUGUAAUUACCUGUUUACAUGUGACUACAGAGUAACAAGCUCUGCUUGUCCCUCCAGGCAUUCUGUAUAUCAACCCGGCAGAUCUGGGCUGGAACCCACCUGUUUCCAGCUGGAUUGACAGGAGGGAGGUCCAAUCGGAGAAGGCCAACCUGACCAUCCUGUUUGACAAGUACCUCCCCUCAUGUCUGGACACCCUCAGGUCCAGGUAACACAUCAGCUGUCAGUAUGGAAUGGUUCAUAGUGAUCUAGAUGGUUCCUCUGGACUGAGGGGAGAGAGACUGUAGACAUGGAUGAGGGUGAGAGGAGUAAGAAAGGGUAGAGAGAGAAGACGGAGAGGGACAGAACCAUAGGCCUAAAUAGUGUCAGAUAUAAAAAACAAAACCAUAAACAUUUAUUUCACUCAUGGUCUUACUCCUAUGUCUGUAACGUGUGUGGUCAGAUUUAAGAAGAUCAUCCCAGUCCCAGAGCAAAGUAUGGUCCAGAUGCUGUGCCAUCUGUUGGAGUGUCUGUUAACCCCAGAACACACCCCUCCAGACUGCCCUAAGGAACUCUACGAACUCUACUUUGUCUUCGGUGCUGUCUGGGCCUUCGGAGGUGCCAUGUUCCAGGACCAGGUAGGAUAGUUGAAUGAUUCCUAUGAUUAUGGUUGGUCCUCUAUAGCUCAGUUGGUAGAGCAUGGCUUUGGUGCUCGCAACACCAGGAUAGUGGGUUCAAUUCCUGGGACCACCCGUACUUAAAAUGUAAAUUGCUUUGGAUGAAAGUGUCUGCUAAAUGGCAUAUAUUGUUUUGAGACACAUUCCUGUGUAGUGGAUAAGUGCUUUCCCUCAGAGUCAAAUAAUUAAAAUAGAUUGCUUCAGAAAAAGUGGUAUGCUGUUAUCACUGGUGCAAAAGCUUUAGUAAAUCGUCAUCUAAUUCGCUCUCCAACUCCCCUCAAAGCUUCAAAUGAUGAGAAUUGCUUCACCUAUAUUUCAGUAAAGUAUGGUGGUUUUCAAUGUGAGGACUCCACACUGUAUUGCAGCUUCAUUUCCAAAACUAAGUGGAUCCCACUCACAGUCCUAAACACUAUAGCCAGCUGAAUUUUUAACCAGGGGCGAACAAAGUGAUGAGUGGUUGCUAAGCAACCCAGACCGCUUCGUACAGUAACCACGUCCAUCUAAGUUAUGGGAUAAAACAGUCUCUCCUAGCGUACCAAUGUACUCCACUUUAUUUCCUUAUCUACACUGCAUUUAUAUGCUAAGUGGGUUUAUUGACUGUAGAGCAGGGCCUGAACACAGUAGUCAGCCUGGAGAGAGGAAAUAACAGCUCAGGGAUGUUUAUUUUUUUACUGAUGGAUACCCACUGGCCACAGACGUCAUUUCAACGUCAGGUUUGGAUUUACAUUUGGUUGAGUUGUUAACUAACGUGAAUUCAAUGUGAAAUCAACAAAUAAUGUCACCAUAUCAUUGGAUUUAGGUUAAAAGUUGGGUGAAAAAAAGGCGGAAUUCCCUUAUGGUUGAUUACUUUUUGCGAAUCCAAUCAGUUUUCCACUUUGAUUCAACGUCAUCACAUUGAAUUUUCUUGUUGGAAUGACGUGGUAACACAACCAGUUUUUGCCCAGUGGGUAGAUGGAUAGUAGUGUCUUUAUGUUUCAUUUUAUUGUGUUUUAAUGCAGGCAGAAAGUGUGACCACAACGCAAUAAACCAUGGCUUCCUCUCUCAAAAGUAUCUCCUUCAUCUGUUGUACAUAUCAGUAGCAGAAACAUGGAGAGAAAACCUCUCAAGACUAUUGAAAUUGACCCAAUGUUUGUAUCUCCCUGUGUGUGUGUGUGUAGUUGGUGGACUACCGUGUGGAGUUUAGUAAGUGGUGGGUGACAGAGUUUAAGACCAUCAAGUUCCCCUCCCAGGGGACUGUGUUUGAUUACUACAUAGACCCCGACACCAAGAAGUUUGAACCCUGGUCUAAGAUGGUGCCCAGGUUCCAGAUGGAUGCAGAUAUUCCUCUACAGGUACGGUAAAGUCUUGUGUUAUUGGUGUCACUUCAUGUCACUUCUAUAGUGACAUUAUAUCAUACAUUAGCUGCUCCAAAGCUCAUCUAUGGAGUCAUCUAUGGCCCGGAGUAAAAUAUAUUCUUUACAAUUUAGUCUUUUACCAGAUGCUCUUCUCUAGAGCAACUUACAAUAACUGAACAUCAGUGGCAUAACUAUUGCACAACAUCCGGCUUGAAGGACCACAAUAAGUAAUGGUUAAGGUUGUAAUUAGAGCUGAGUAAUCUGAUCCUAGAUCUGUGGGGGAACAUGAACCUGUAGAGUAUCUACAGUCUAUCUGAACUCUGUCCCCUAUCUCUCGUCUCCCCAGGCAUGUCUGGUCCACACCACAGAGACUAUCCGUGUCCGUUACUUCAUGGACCGCCUCUUGGAACACCGCCGGCCCGUUAUGCUGAUCGGGAAUGCCGGUACUGGGAAGUCUGUUCUGGUCGGAGACAAACUGGGAUCACUGGACCAGGAGAAAUACAUGAUCAAAAACGUCCCCUUCAAUUAUUACACCACCUCUGCCAUGCUACAGGGUAGGGAAUGGUCUGCUACUACUAGUGUACAACUGCAAAUAGCAGAUAAAUAUACUGUAGCCUCUUUCUACACUCAUCCUCCAUCCAUCUCUUUCUACGCUCAUCCUCCAUCCAUCUCUUUCUACACUCAUCCUCCAUCCAUCUCUUUCUACGCUCAUCCUCCAUCCAUCUCUUUCUACACUCAUCCUCCAUCCAUCUCUUUCUACGCUCAUCCUCCAUCCAUCUCUUUCUACGCUCAUCCUCCAUCCAUCUCUUUCUACGCUCAUCCUCCAUCCAUCUCUUCUACACUCAUCCUCCACCAUCUCUUCUACACUCAUCCUCCACCAUCUCUUCUACACUCAUCCUCAUCCAUCUCUUUCUACACUCAUCCUCCAUCCACUCUUUCUACACUCACCUCCAUCCAUCCUUUCUACACUCACCUCCAUCCACUCUUCUACACUCAUCCUCCAUCCAUCUCUUUCUACGCUCAUCCUCCAUCCAUCUCUUUCUGCACUCAUCCUCCAUCCAUCUCUUUCUGCACUCAUCCUUCAUCCAUCUCUUUCUACACUCAUCCUCCAUCCAUCUCUUUCUACACUCAUCCUCCAUCCAUCUCUUUCUACACUCAUCCUCCAUCCAUCUCUUCUACACUCAUCCUCCAUCCAUCUCUUUCUACACUCAUCCUCUAUCCAUCUCUUUCUACACUCAUCCUCCAUCCAUCUCUUUCUACACUCAUCCUCCAUCCAUCUCUUUCUACACUCAUCCUCCAUCCAUCUCUUUCUACACUCAUCCUCCAUCCAUCUCUUUCUACGCUCAUCCUCCAUCCAUCUCUUUCUACACUCAUCCUCCAUCCAUCUCUUUCUGCACUCAUCCUUCAUCCAUCUCUUUCUACACUCAUCCUCCAUCCAUCUCUUUCUACACUCAUCCUCCAUCCAUCUCUUUCUGCGCUCAUCCUCCAUCCAUCUCUUUAUACACUCCCAUCCCUCUCUCUUUCCACCCUCAUCCUCUCCUCCUUCCCUCCCUCCUGUGCAGCGGUGUUGGAGAAGCCCCUGGAGAAGAAGGCAGGCCGUAACUAUGGUCCUCCAGGCAGCAGGAGGCUGGUCUACUUCAUAGACGAUAUGAACAUGCCAGAGGUGGACGCUUACGGCACCGUGCAGCCACACACACUCAUACGCCAACACCUGGACUACAACCACUGGUGAGAGGACGCACAGACGUGCACACACACACAUACUCUGCUGUCACACACAGUCAUACGCCAACACUUGGACUACAACCACUGGUGAUAGGACGUGAACGCACACACUCUUGCACAUAAGCAUGCAUGCACGCACGUGCCCACACACACAUACACACACGCAUAUGCCAGUAUAUAGACCACCGCGAACACAUGUCACAUGUGAGCCCCCUUCGUCUCUACCUUUGCACAGACAGUCUAAGUGCUUUUGAUUGAAUGGAACCUCAAGUCAUCAUGGGUAAUAUACUGACAUACAGUAGAUCAGUGGUCACCAACCUUUUCUGAGUCAAGAUCACUUUCUGAGUCAAGAUCACUUUCUGUGUCAAGAUCACUUUCUGAGUCAAGAUCACUUUCUGAGUCAAGAUCACUUUCUGAGUCAAAAUGCAAGCCAAGAUCUACCGCUCAGAUUUGUUAAAAACAUGAUUUUCUUUAAACCUAUGCAACGUUAACUUAUUAAAAACAGUUCUGUAGCAAUGAGGUUUGUAGUAGGCUAUAGGCCCAAUACAUUAUCACUGCAUAUUGUCUACGCUUGAAUUGCCCUGCAAUGUUGUUCUUCUCAGACCAUUUUGAAAUUAUAUUUCAAAAUUGUAGGUAUAUGAUCACACUGGUAAUAGAUCAUUUGUUGUAUUACUUGUGAGGCACAGCUGAGAGAGCAUAAUAAUUUGCUUUUUUAAAUUUUACUGGACUGAUGGCCUGCAUCUGAUGGUCAGUCUGAGGGGGGGGGUGAGGCUCCCUCUCACCCGACUCACCGUCCCUCUCUCCCUCCCUCUGCUGAGAAAAGGGGACAGUCUUCAAGCUGAUGGCGAAACUCAAGUUGCAGUGCAUUAUUUCUGCCUCAAGCACCAAUUCAUGUUGUUAAUCCGAUGUCCAGAUAAAGUGAAAUAUUACUCAAUAUACAAAAAUAGACAAGCCGCUAAUAAUAACAACGCAAGCUUAUCGAAACACUUUGCUAUACUCAUUCAUUGCAGCUGCAGUGCUGGUUGUAGUGUGAGUGGGGAGAACGCGCAUUUUAUGGCUUAUAAAAGUUUUGAACAAAGUUUUGACAGUGCUGAAUAACAACUUAAACAUGAACUUAUAAAAACAGCAGCUCUUUGCUGUAUUCGUUGAGUCUCUCUAGUCAUGGUUUUAAAAGUUUUGAAAUCUCAGUUUCAGCUUUGCUGUGUGCUCGAGGCUUCUUUUUACAGUCUAUGGCUCGAGGAAAAUGCAGACUCUGUGAUCUAAGCUAUCUGAUUGGCCAGCAGUAGGCCUAAAGGUGCACUUGAUUUGCUCUCUGGGCCUGCCGGGAGGUGGAGUUCUACCUUCAGACACAGGUGGAGUUCUACCUUCAGGAAACUUUGCCUUCCUGGCGCUAGGGCUGCUGAAUCAAGUACAUCUACCGCCAACAGCACGAAACGAAUAAAAAAAUAGGAACGCUAGGCUUUAUCGUUGUUACAUAAAUGUUUGGUGAUCAACUAGGAAUGCUUUGGAGAUCGACCAGUUGAUGCCGAUCGACCGGUUGGUGACCACUGGAAGUAGAUGAAUACUUUCUGUCCUAUAUACAGUACUAGAAUGUAUUGUUAUCACUGAUGGAACUUGACAGUGAUAUUUUAUGGAAAAUAACAAUGUUAAUUUAAGAACCCCAUACAUUUUGGACAAUUACAGUAAAGAUUUGUUCGAAGUUACUGUACCACAGUUCGUUUAAAGAGGGUACUGGCUGGCUAACCCUGCUAUUGCAAACCUACUGCAGUGAGUUAGACCAAUAAUUGUUCUGUUAUUCAGAUUACUACAGCUGAGCAUGUCUUCAGUUUACUAUUCAAAGGGACACUCACUGCAAUUACUGUUACUAAAAUAUGCUGCAACUUAAAUGAUAUCCAAUGUGAGAGCUUGGGCAUGUGAUUUUCCUUAAAAGGAUUGUGGAGCUGGGGCAUCAGGCAUAGUAAGGGUAUUGUAGACACAGCCACAGGGUUUGUAUGUGUGUGUGUUUUACACACGGUCAGCCAGUAGAGUUAUGGAGGGUAUCUCAGGUAUGAAAUUGAGAGGGAGAUGAAUGUUACUAGGCUAUGUUGGCUUAAGGGAGAGCUGAGGCGUGCAUAUUGACAGGAGCACGUGGAGAGUGUGUUUGUGUAUUUCAUUGCAGUAUGUGUGUGCCUGUGGACGUGUUUAACUAUACUUGUGGGGACCAGAAGUCCCCACAAGAAUAGUAAACAAACGAAACAUUGACCAACUGGGGACAUUUUGUUAGUCCCCACAAGGUCAAUUGCUAUAUUGAACAAUAAAUAUAAAUGCAACAUGUAAAGUGUUGGUCCCAUGUUUCAUGAGCUGAAAUAAAAGAUCCCAGAAAUGUUUCAUACGCAUAAAAAGCUUAUUGUGCACAAAUGUGUUUACAUCCCUGUUAGUGAGCAUUUCUCCUUUGCCAAGAUAAUCCAUCCACCUGACAGGUGUGACAUAUCAGGAAGCUGAUUAAACAGCAUAAUCAUUACACAGGUGGACAAUAAAAGGCCUCUCUAAAAUGUGCAGUUUUGUCACACAACACAAUGCCACAGAUGUCUCAAGUUUUAAGGGAGUGUGCAAUUGGCAUGCUGACUGCAAUAAUGUCCACCAGAGCUGUUGCCAGAAAAUGUAAUAUUAAUUUCUCUACUGUAAGCUGCCUCCAACAUCGUUUUGGCGGUACGUCCAACCGGCCUCACAACCGCAGACCACGUGUAACCACUCCAGCCCAGGACCUCCACAUCUGGCUUCUUUUUUUUUUUUUUAUAAUUCUCCCCAAUUUCAUGAUGUCCAAUUGGUAGUUACAGUCUUGUCCCAUCGCUGCAACUCCCCUACGGAUUCGGGAGAGGUGAAGGUCGAGCGCCAUGCAUCCUCCGAAACACGACCCUGCCAAGCCGCACUGCUUCUUGACACACUGCUCGCUUAACCCGGAAGCCAGCCGCACCAAUGUGUCGGAGGAAACAGCGUCCAGCUGGCGACCAAAGUCAGCUUGCAGGCGCCCAGCCCUCCACAAGGAGUCGCUUGCGCGCGAUGGGACAAGGAAAUCCCGGCCGGCCAAACCCUCCCCUAACCCAGACGAUGCUGGGCCAAUUGUGUGCCGCCUCAUGGGUCUCCCGGCCACGGCCGGCUGUGACACAGCCUGGGAUUUUGAAUGGUUUUAAAUUGUGUGUCCCCACAAGGUUAGUUAAACAAGACUGUGUAUGUGUGUCCAGGUAUGACAGGAGUAAGCUGCUGCUGAAAGAGGUCCACAGUGUGCAGUACGUGUCCUGCAUGAACCCUACGGCAGGCAGCUUCACCAUUAACCCACGACUACAGGUACACACACACACGCUUACAAACAAGCACAGACAGACACACAUGCACUCACACACUGCAUGCAUAUCUGAUGAUGUCCCAUUGUCUCUUGCAACAUUUCAUUAGCAUAAUUAUAAACACCUAUACACAUCAUUUUAAUUUUUCUCAUUCUCUCUGUAGCGUCACUUCUCAGUGUUUGCCCUGUCCUUCCCUGGAGCGGAGGCUCUUAGCACCAUCUACAGUUCCAUCCUCUCUCAGCACCUCAGGGGAGAGGGCUUCAGUGCUGCUCUGCAGAAGAGCUGUCCUACCCUGGUCCAGCUAGCUCUGGCCCUCCACCAGAGACUCACCUCCACCUUCCUGCCCACCGCUGUCAAGUUCCACUACAUCUUUAACCUCCGAGACCUCUCCAACAUAUUCCAGGUGAUGAAUGCAAAUGAAUGGAUGGAUUGACCGGUGCGCACACACACACACACACACACACACACACACACACACACACACACAUUUACAAUUUACUAUACCUGGUGAUUUAUUUUUUUUACAGUGAUGCACAUUUUCAGUUACUGAAGCUGGGUACUGUACACUCAAAACUAAGACCUAGGGCAUUUUCUCCUUCAUUCAUGGAUCGUUCCAUUAAAACAGGACCAGUUAAAAGUUUUGGCAUGUGCACUCAAAACCCAUCUCUUUUACUUUUUUUAUAUACUGUAUCAAAGUUUGGAUUGGUAGAGUUUUAUUGCACCCCAGGCAGUAAAAGUUAAAAUACUGUAACUAAUUUCUCAUCUAAAUGAUUAUUGAUUUAGUAAGGUGUGCCUAAUGUUGAGAAAUAAGGUAGAAAUUUGCAGAAAAAGAGAGAAGAAUGGAUUUGCUCUCAGGGGUGUUUGUAACGAUUUAAUGUGUUUAAAUGAAUAUUAUAUUAUACUGUAACCUCUAAAGCUGUCAUGAGAGAGAAGCUUAUACGCAAUAUUUUUCUGUCAGGAUCCUCAGCGGUUCCAGGGGGGCAAAGACUCAUUUAAUACAAGCACCAAUACAUAAUUAAUACUCUAAGCCAUUCAACCAUAGUACUUUAGUUUUCAUAAUUCCUUCCCUGAGACCUCCAAGCCUUGGAACUGUUUCAAGUCACAUUCUUAUCCUCUUAUAAAAUGUGCAUACAGAACGUCGGAAUGUACAGUAAGUCAUACUUCAAAAGAACAGGUUCUCAGUUAUUCAUCAUUAUUAGCCUUAAAUCUAAGAGUUUAGGUUUAGCAAUUAUAAUGAGUUGAGGUUUAGCUAUUAGAAUUAUUCUAACUUCACCUUUAACGAUGAGGGACCAUAGAUUUAACACUAGAGAGUUUAUUAUCUAUAAUUACACACCAUGGACUCCAGCCCUGCUGACCCCUUUAUGUUACCUUUUAGACCUUUAAUCAACGUUGACGACAGUACAGCAUUGAUUUCAAUAGCAGGGGCCUGAUGGGGGUAGAACUCAUUGAACUUAGCUUUUGAACUUUGAAGAGUCUCAGUGCUGUGUGUUUUGGUGAAACCUGCGUUCUAAAGAGUCUGUGUAGUGUCACUGGUGUCAAGCGGGUAAAGAGAGAGGGAGAAAGCUGAAAAAAAUAGUGCAGGAUCAAUCCUCCUUGUUGUUUUUCAGCUGGGUAAUAAGGAGAAAGUGAGAUGUGGCUCAGACUUCUCAGACACUACCCAGAGUUCUCUUUUGAACUUUUCUCUCCGUAUGUCUUGACUAUUCAGCUGCUAGCUAGCUCCAGGGCCUGAGGAUAGCUAGCUACACAGGGUUGAAGAGACACACAGCCUGCUCACACACUCUAGUCCACAUUCCACCUUGUCAUCGCUGUUUUUAAGAAGGGAAAGUUAUUUAAUUGAUAAAUAAAGGUCCUGAAAAGUUUACGAAUCGUCUUAGUAUCUUCAGACAUUAAGUGUGUGCCCCAAACUAGUUGUUCGAAAUUGCUAGUCAGACGAAGUGAGGACUAGUAAGUAUUUUAGCGCAAAAGCCACGCAGGUCCUAUUGUAUUGGCGUAAUAUUUAUUCUAUUGCAAUUUUGCUGUCCUCUUCUGUUCAUUACAGUUAGCGAAAUGUGGAUUAUUUCUGAAGAGGUUUACCUCAGGAAAAGUAAUUGGGCGACUUUUAAUGAAGCAGCAGUUAGUUUAGUUUCUUUGUAAACGCUGGAACACCGGUACACUCAGCCCAAGGCGACUACUGCCUCAUUAUCAUCAGCGCUAAUGAGGAAAACCAAGCUGAGGAACCUAACAGGGGAAAACACUUUGUUACAGCAUUUCCAAGAGAACUGUUCAGACAACAUUCAAGGUAGUAUCUAAGCAUUUCUUCUCUUCACCGGAAAUCCUAAUACAUUCCUCAAGGUAGUUGUCACAGGGAUGUAUUGAUGUCACAAGAAAUGAUCAGUUAUUUUCUCCGGUAUUCCUCUAGAGCUCUUUCUGUCACUCUUUGGUUUCUCUCUGUCUCUUAUUGAUUGAAAUACAACCACAAGGCUAUCAAUAAACACUUUUGUGGUGUUUGUCAAGUUUUCAUUGUUACUUCACUGACAACAACUCAAAGCCAGAUCCAGUUUAGUAUGACGACAGAAAAACACCAUCAUCCUAUGGGGACAUGUUGAUGUUUGAUAGUUAACUAGAUGCCAGUAGCAAAAUCCCUGCUAAUAGGACAAGAAAAACACACUAUGUUCCUAUAGGGAUGUGUUGUCAGAGAGCUGCAUUCCCCAGCACCAGACCGUUAGGAACGCUGUCUAUCGUUAGUUUUUCUGCUGUACGUGGCCAGCGGGCAUAACAGGGAUCUGUCUGGCGAACGUCACCCUAAAUGAGCUCUGGUAGAACAGAAGGAGAGGGGGAAUGAGGGAACGAGAGAACAGGGGAGAAGAAGAGCGAUGGGUGGGAGCGGGGGAGAAGGGAAGGAGAAAAGGAAGGAAGAGAGCAGGAGAGAUGAGAGAAAGUUAUGUCAGCAUGGUUAGGAGCGAGAACUCCAUCUACUGUCUGUCUAACGUAGAAAGCCCAGUCAGCUGGACCUAGCUGGAUUAGUUAGCCAGGGUGGACGAGAGGCAUUGUUUGGAACUCAGAGCGACUGGUUGGCAGAGAGGAGUGGAAACAAGCCUCAGACCAAAUCAAAUCAAAUUGUAUUUGUCACAUGCUUUGUAAACAACAGGUGUAGACUAGCAGGUGUAGAAAAGUUAUAACACAAGGAAUAUAUACAGAAUGAGUAACGAUAACUUGGCUAUAUACACGGGGUACCAGUACCGAGUCAAUGUGCAGUGGUACAAGGUCAUUGAGGUAGACAUGUACAUAUAGGUAGGAAAAAAGUGACUAGGCAACAGGAUAGAUAAUAAACAGUAACAGCAGCGUAUGUGAUGAGUCAAAAGAGUUAGUGCAAAAAGGGUCAAUGCAGAUAGUUUGGGUAGCUAUUGGUUAACUAUUUAAUUAACUAUUUAGCAGUCUUAUGGCUUGGGGGUACAAGCUGUUCAGGGUCCUUUUGGUCCUAGACUUGGUGCAUCGGUACCUCUUGCCGUGCGUAACAGAGAGAACUGUCUGAAAGCUCUGACUCAUAUACCCAUCCUUCUCUUCUGUGAAGAGCUCUGACCCCCCCCCCCCCCCCCCCCCCUCCGUCUCAGCCUCCAGUAUCUAUGCUGCAAUAGUCUAUGUGGCGGGGGGCUAGGGUCAGUCUGUUAUAUCUGGUGUUAUUCUCCUGUCUUAUCCGGUGUCCUGUGUGAACUUAAGUAUGCUCCCUCUAAUUCUCUCUCUCUCUCUCUCCCUCCCCUCCCGGAGGACCUGAGCCCUAGGACCAUGCCUCAGGACCACCUGGCCUGAUGACUCCUUGCUGUCCCCAGUCCACCUGGUCGUGCUGCUGCUCCAGUUUCAACUCUUCUGCCUGUGGCUAUGGAACCCUGACCUGUUCACCGGACGUGCUACCUUGUCCCAGACCUGCUGUUUUCAACUCUUUCUCUCUACCGCUCCUGCUAUUUCAACUUCUAAAUGCCUGGCUAUGAAAAGCCAAGUGACAUUUACUCCUGAUGUACUGACCUGUUGCAACCUCUACAACCACUGUGAUUAUUAUUUGACCCUGCUGGUCAUCUAUGAACGUUUGAACAUCUUGGAGAAAAAUCUGGCCUUAAUGGCCAUGUACUGUUAUAAUCUCCACCUGGCACAGCCAAAAGGGGACUGGCCACCCCUCAGAGCCUGGUUCCUCUCUAGGUUUCUUCCUAGGUUUCUGCCUUUCUAGGGAGUUUUUCCUAGCCACUGUGCUUCUACAUCUGCAUUGCUUGCUGUUUGGGGUUUUAGGCUGGGUUUCUGUAUAGCACUUUGUGACAUCUGCUGAUGUAAAAAGGGCUUUAUAAAUAAAAUAUGAUUGAUUGAUAGAGGGGGAAGGGUGGGGGGGAUGACUGAGAAAAAGGAGAGGAAGUUAUUACAUGCACACCUCCAACCCACCCCAUUACGACAGUCAUCAUCAUCAGAUCGGAUUCAGUUGGCUGUAACACGCGAGGUGAUGAUGAUGACGACGACGACGACGACGUUGAUUUGCAUACGUCCUUCUGCCUGGAAGACACAGCAUCUGUUAGUCUGUGUAUUUCCUCCCGCGGUGACGGGGCGCAGAAAGGGACAAACAGUGCUGGGGCUUCACUGGGCCUAUUCCUCAUGGUAGGGCAGCUGCUGGGAGAGGAGAUGGGAUUACACUGAGACAUGGAUGACUUGGCUGAGUUAUCUUCCCCUGUGGGACAAUGUUAGUGUUUCGCUCGUCCAGAGCAAAGCAUAUCAAAUCAAAUCAAAUCAAAUUGUAUUGGUCACAUGCGCCGAAUACAACAGGUGCAGACAUUACAGUGAAAUGCUUACUUACAGCCCUUAACCAACAGUGCAUUUAUUUUUAACAAAAAAAGUAAAAAUAAAACAACAAAAAAAGUGUUGAGAAAAAAAAGAGCAGAAGUAAAAUAAAAUAACAGUAGGGAGGCUAUAUAUACAGGGGGGUACCGGUGCAGAGUCAAUGUGCGGGGGCACCGGCUAGUUGAGGUAGUUGAAGUAAUAUGUACAUGUGGGUAGAGUUAAAGUGACUAUGCAUAAAUAAUUAACAGAGUAGCAGCAGCGUAAAAAGGAUGGGGUGGGGGGGCAGUGCAAAUAGUCCGGGUAGCCAUGAUUAGCUGUUCAGGAGUCUUAUGGCUUGGGGGUAGAAGCUGUUGAGAAGUCUUUUGGACCUAGACUUGGCACUCUGGUACCGCUUGCCGUGCGGUAGCAGAGAGAACAGUCUAUGACUAGGGUGGCUGGAGUCUUUGACAAUUUUGAGGGCCUUCCUCUGACACCGCCUGGUAUAGAGGUCCUGGAUGGCAGGAAGCUUGGCCCCAGUGAUGUACUGGGCCGUACGCACUACCCUCUGUAGUGCCUUGCGGUCGGAGGCCAAGCAGUUGCCAUACCAGGCGGUGAUGCAACCAGUCAGGAUGCUCUCGAUGGUGCAGCUGUAGAAUUUUUUGAGGAUCUGAGGACCCAUGCCAAAUCUUUUCAGUCUCCUGAGGGGAAAUAGGCUUUGUCGUGCCCUCUUCACGACUGUCUUGGUGUGUUUGGACCAUGAUAGUUCGUUGGUGAUGUGGACACCAAGGAACUUGAAGCUCUCAACCUGUUCCACUACAGCCCCGUCGAUGAGAAUGUGGGCGUGCUCAGUCCUCUUUUUUUUCCUGUAGUCCACAAUCAUCUCCUUUGUCUUGGUCACGUUGAGGGAGAGGUUGUUGUCCUGGCACCACACGGCCAGGUCUCUGACCUCCUCCCUAUAGGCUGUCUCAUCGUUGUCGGUGAUCGUUGUCGUCGGCAAACUUAAUGAUGGUGUUGGAGUCGUGCCUGGCCAUGCAGUCAUGGGUGAACAGAGAGUACAGGAGGGGACUGAGCACGCACCCCUGAGGGGCCCCCGUGUUGAGGAUCAGUGUGGCAGAUGUGUUGUUACCUACCCUUACCACCUGUGGGCGGCCCGUCAGGAAGUCCAGGAUCCAGUUGCAGAGGGAGGUGUUUAGUCCCAGGAUCCUUAGCUUAGUGAUGAGCUUAGAGGGAACUAUGGUGUUGAAUGCUGAGCUGUAGUCAAUGAAUAGCAUUCUCACGUAGGUGUUCCUCUUGUCCAGGUGGGAAAGGGCAGUGUGGAGUGCAAUAGAGAUUGCAUCAUCUGUGGAUCUGUUGGGGCGGUAUGCAAAUUGGAGUGGGUCUAGGGUUUCUGGGAUAAUGCUGUUGAUGUGAGCCAUGACCAGCCUUUCAAAGCACUUCAUGGCUACAGACGUCAGUGCUACGGGUCGGUAGUCAUUUAGGCAGGUUAUCUUAGAGUCCUUGGGCACGGGGACUAUGGUGGUCUGCUUGAAACAUGUUGGUAUUACAGACUCAGUCAGGGACAUGUUGAAAAUGUCAUCUUAGAUUAGUUAGACAACAUCUGUUGGAAGGUAUUAUUUGAUUGAUCUGAAGUUUAUGUGAUUCAGUUCAUUUGGGAGUGUGUAGUAGAUGCCAGGGUUUAGCUUGUGAAGAGAAAAGUAUGAUAAAUAGUCUUACUUUUAUGAAACAUUUGUCUCUUAACAGACAGAAUAUAUACUUGAAAUCAAACCAAGAAGUCCCAUUUAAUAAUUUUUUUACUUACAUAAAUCCCUGGUCUCACUUUCUCUCACUCCCUUUCUACCAGCAUUUAGACCCAACAGCGAUCGACUUACCCACGUUUACCUUACAUAAUCUGAUACUUUUUAAGGUAUAAGUGACUUUAUCUGCCUCCCAAUGAACCUUUCCUCUCCUGUCCUGUCCAGGGUAUUCUGUUCUGUACGAGUAAGUGUCUGAGGGUUCCUGUGGAUCUGGUGAAGAUCUACCUCCACGAGUCCAACCGCGUCUACAGAGACAAGAUGGUGGAGGACAGAGACACGCAGGCCUUUGAUAAGCUGCAGGCAGACGCUGUGAAAAAGUUAUAUGAGGUGAGGGGAGAGUUUUCAAAGUUACACCCAAAGAAAUGGAGAAACACACGCAGGCAAGCACGUGGACGUACACCCCUACAAACACGCACAGGCACACACAUGGACGUACACACACCGACACCAGCACGGGCACAUACAUUUCACACACACACUUCACACAGAAGCAUGCAAACACACUCUGACUCACACACACACACACACUGUUGAGUAGAGAGUUUUACAAAGUUCAGCAGAGGAAAACGGAGCAAGAGGUGGAGGGGGAAAAUCAUUAGACAGCCUGCUCAGAGUCGGAGGCCGAACAUCAGUGACCAGCGCAGCGAGGAGAGGGAAGAGGAGAGGAAUGGAGAGAAUACUAAUCAGUAGAAGGGUCUGACUGUCAGGGCCUGGGCCACCAGCCCAGCAAAUUGGAAAACAUUUUAAUGGUUUUCUGACCGCUAUGCCCUGACUCCCUACCCUCCUGAGUUUAUCACAAACACACUGUUCAUGCUUACAACCAGGGAACUGACACCUACACACACAGGGGAACACACGCAGACACACACACCCUCAAGUUGAUCACACACACACUUUUUUGCAGCGAGGGAACACACACACACACACACACACACACACACACACACACACCACCACCAAAUAUAAAGCACACGUUCCGGCAUGUCUACUUGUCGUUUUCAGGUGUUCUGUAUUGAGAAAGAGACAGGAGGGAAGGAUAAAGUUAUCACAGUUCCCCUCAGGUGAACUGCAGUCUUAGGGAAUACGCUGUAGAAAAUGUACAUUUCCUCAAACAGAGGCCUACAUUUGGAAAACAUCCCGCUAUCAUAAAUAAUUGAAAUGUUAAACAUAACUAGUAAAAGUGAACACACAGUAGGCUACUCCAGAAAAUGUUUUGUUUGCUGAAUGCUGAGUUCCUCCCUGUCCAGAGUGAUUCCAUUUAAAUGUUCCACUGUAGCUAACAGAGGCUCUGUCCUAAAUGGCACCCUAUUGCUGAUAUAGUGUACUACUUUUGAACCAGAGCCCAGGCCCUGGUCAAAAGUAGUGCACUAAUUAGGGAAUAGGGUGCCAUUUGGGAUGCAUACUGAGUGUGUCUCCCCUCAGGAUAUGGAGGAGACCCUGGAGCAGGCCAGGGAGAUGAACAUGUACUGUCACUUCGCCUCAGGGGUGGGGGAGCCCCAGUACAUGGCUGUCCAGUCCUGGAGCUCCCUCAACAAGACGCUGCUGGAGGUGCUGGACAGCUAUAACGAAGUCAACGCUGUCCUCAAUCUGGUUCUGUUUGAAGACGCUAUGGCUCACAUGUAAGAAGGAGAAACUUCUGUUUGGCUUUUUAAUGCACUUAUUAUAGGUCCAUUAUAAGUCCCUCUUUUGCUAUAUUACUCAAUAUUUUAAUGAAGUAUCAACAGUAAAUAAUGGUGUUUGCCUCUUAAAACCCACUCUCUUUCCCCUCUCGCUCUUUAUUCCCCGCCCUCUCUCUCUCCCCCCUCCUGUAGUUGCCGUAUCAACCGUAUCCUGGAGUCUCCGCGUGGUAACGCUCUAUUGGUCGGCGUGGGCGGCAGCGGCAAGCAGAGCCUCACCCGAUUGGCUGCCUUCAUCUCCAACCUGGAAGUGUUCCAAAUCACCCUCAGGAAAGGCUACGGCAUCCCUGACCUCAAGGUACACGCACGCACUCACGCACGCACUCAUGCACGCACGCACACACACCCGCACGCACCUGCAUGCACUGACCAAUACCAUUGCAUAUUCAUAUUGCAUGACUUAAACUACAAAUGUUCCCUAUUCUGUUCUACUGGGAACUUAUGUCUAGGACCUGACCAGCUAAAUGCUCUCUCCCUCCCCUCUCCCCUCCACCGUCCCUCCCUCCACACCUCUCUCUCUCUCUCUCCCUUCCCCCUUCCCUCUAUCAGACUGACCUGGCAUCCCUCUACAUCAAAGCUGGCGUGAAGAAUGUUGGCACAGUGCUGCUAAUGACUGAUGCCCAGGUGGCAGAUGAGAAGUUCCUCGUUCUGGUCAACGAUCUUUUGGCAUCGGGUACGAUUGGGACCAGGACAUUGGGGAGGGGGGUUGGCAUUGAGGUUGGCUGGGACAUUGGGAAAGAAGGCUAUGUGUCACUCUGUUGGCAUUAGGUAAGGCAGGGGAAGCCAGAGGCAUAUAUAAAGAGCGUGUUCGGUCUAGCUCCAGGAUACUGUAUCUGGGCUUUGCCAAUAGCUGCCUAUGUAGAUGAAUGAGAGGAUAAUUCUCUCUUUCACAAAGAAGAACAGCCAGUUACCAUGGCUUUGUGUGAGUCUGCUAAAACAUUGCUAUUGCAUCACCGUUGGAGGUGAUGCCAAACGCAAAUGUCCACCUCCGCAUAGAUAUUCGUCAGUUCUAAACUACAAUUCUAUUCCAUUAUUCAGAUGGAUGAGGAGGUUACAUGGAAGUAAAAACCUAAAGAAACAUUUUCUCUCCUCUCUGUCUUUCUCUCUGUAAGUCUGAGUUGCAGUACUAUAAUAGUAAUGCUCAGAGCUUCACCGUAGUGAAAAACAGUAGUAUGAGUCAUCAAGUCGCUAGGACCCUGGCCUGUCAGUACCUCCCGUUUACACCCCUUAAAGCUGAAAUCUGCAGAGAGGAAACAGUGCCACUGUUCGCCCCAGCACAUUAUGUUAUUGUUUUGUUGAUAAAACGUAGGAGGGGAGCAUCCCAGCAUGGUAAAAAUAAAUGUGCAGUACAUAUUCUGCUGUUCUAUCCUGCAUGCAGUGAUGUGCAAUGAUACAUGGGGGGAAAAACAGUUUUUGUUGUUUGAAGUAACUUCUUUGUUGUUGUAAUAUCGCAGCUUUAACCUCAUCUGAAUGUUCUAUUGUAGGUGAGCUCCCUAUUGGUUUAGAUCUGAACGUUCUAUUGUGGUUGAGCUCCUUAUUGGUUUAGACCUGAAUGUUCCAUCAUCGAUGAGAUCCCAAUUGGUUUAGAUAUUUCAACAACAUGUGAGUGUUCCAAUAUGUUACCCUAUAGGUGGGGUGUACAGGUAGCAUCUAUGGCACUUGCACUUGGAAAUCUAUGUAGUCAAAUUGCAACAUGUUAGUGAUGGUCUGGAACAAAAACCUGUAUACACAGUGGCUCCCCAGGACUGUGCAUUACCCACCAUUGUCUCUGUGUGAUGUGAAUGUUAUAUGUUCUAUCCCAGGUGAGAUUCCGGACCUGUUCCCAGAUGACGAGGUGGAGAACAUCAUCGGGAGCGUCAGGAAUGAGGUGCGAGGACUUGGAAUGAUGGACACCCGGGAAAACUGCUGGAAGUUCUUCAUCGAUCGAGUCCGCAGACAGCUCAAGGUGACAAACUGUGUUGCUCAGGCACAUGGAGCGUUUCUUUGAAUUUCAUAUCUCUCUCAGUAUAAGAAGUUGAGAAAUGUUGUACCCACAGUAUAUAAACAACAACCCACCUCUGACUUGUAUCAAUAAUUAAAAUGAAACUGGUCUAGAACUUCUGGCUUUGCCUUCUGGGUUGUUACCACCUUCUGUAUCAGACUAUAGAGAUGAUAUUAUUCAGAGGUUCAUUAGAUUUUUCAGAUAACAUUUUAGCAAGGUCUAGUCUUAUUAUCUUGCUGUAGUUUGGGUAUGAACUGUAGGCCAGCAUUUCUCUAUGUGUGACUACAGUACUGAUGAGAUCGUGCCACCACUAUACCCUGUUCUCUCAGGGAAGGCGUCAGGCCAGGGGUUAGCAGUAUUAUUAUUAUGAUGAUGCUGGCUGAGCUUCCUGGGGUUUGGAGCAGAAUAAAUGAGGGUAGUAGAGUCCCAUGGGUCGGUGCUUAGAGAGGCUGGAUCACACACAUACAUACACACACACACAAAGGCACGCACAUAAACACAUACAGCUGAAUUCCUCAUCCCUGUGCUAGAUAGGUGGCUGUGUGUUUCUCCCCUGGGGGCAGUGGGCUGACGGUGUGUGCAUCCCUGUGUGUGUGUGUGUAUGCAUUUCUCUGUGUGUGUAGGUGGCCCUGUGCUUUUCUCCAGUGGGCAGUAAGUUGCGGGUGCGUAGCAGGAAGUUUCCAGCUGUGGUUAACUGUACAGCCAUCGACUGGUUCCAUGAGUGGCCACAGGAGGCGCUGGAGUCUGUCAGCCUCAAGUUCCUACAGGAGGUCGACAACAUCGAGGUGAGAUCUCUCUUUCUCUCUCACUUCUCUCUCUCUCUCUCUCUCUCUCUCUCUCUUUCGUAAUCAUCAUCCACAAUAAAACCUCUAACACUCUACCUCUGUUGUCCUCCCAGCCGGAGCUGAAGGAAUCAGUGAGUAAGUUCAUGGCCUAUGUUCACGUCAGUGUUAACCACACCUCCAAGGAGUACCUGUCCAAUGAGAGGCGCUAUAACUACACCACGCCCAAGUCCUUCCUGGAGCAGAUUAAGCUGUACCAAAGCCUGCUGGCCAAUAAGAGCAGAGAUCUCACCAUGAAGAUGGAACGCCUGGAGAACGGCCUGCAAAAGCUCAACAGCACCUCCGCUCAGGUCAGACCUUACCUUACUUUAUUCUACCUUAACCUACUGUACUCGCCUCUUCCUUACCUUAACCACCAAGAUGGAGAGGCUGAAGAAUGGCCUGUAGAAACUCAACAGCUCCUCCGCUCAGGUAAAGAUAUACUCCAUAUAUUCUCUUACCUUACCUCCUCUGUAGUCACCUGUUUCCUUUAACGCACCUGAAACCCAGCAGUACCUCAGCCUGUGCUCCUCCAUACACGCCCUUACCAAGCUGAUGCUGAUGCCUGAAUAAGUACCUUUAUGCGUUCAUGUUUUUCAUGUACUGUACUGUACACUGAGUGUACAAAACAUUAGGAACACCUGCUCUUUCCAUGACAUAGACUGACCAGGUGAAUCCAGGUGAAAGCUAUGAUCCCUUAUUGAUGUCACGGGGCGGCAGGUAGCUUAGUGGUUAAAAUGGUUGUGCCAGUAACCGAAAGGUUGCUGGUUCUAAUCCCCAAGCCGACUAGGUGAAAAAUCUGUCGAUGUGCCCUUGAGCAAGGCACUUUACCCUAAUUGCUCCUGUAAAUCGCUCUGGAUAAGAGAGUCUGCUAAAUGACUAAAAUGUAAAAAUGUAAAUGUUAAAUCCACUUCAAUCAGUAUAGUUUAAGGGGAGGAGGCAGGUUAAAGAAGGAUUUAAGCCUUGAGACAAUUGAGACAUGGAUUGUGCAUAUGUGCCAUUCAGAGGGUGAAUGGGCAAGACAAAAUAUUUAAGUGCCUUUGAACGGGGUAUGGUAGUAGAUGCCAGGCGCACCGGUUUGAGUGUCAAGAACCGCAACACUGCUGGGUUUUUCACGCUCAACAGUUUCCCGUGUGUAUCAAGAAUGGUUCACCACCCAAAGGACAUCCAGCCAACUUGACAACUGUGGGAAGCAUUGGAGUCAACAUAGGUCAGCAUCCCUGUGAAACGCUUUUGACACCGUGUAGAGCAUGUAUCGACAAAUGUAGGCUUUUCUGAGGGCAAAUGGGGGUGCAACUCAAUAUUAGGAUGGUGUUCCUAAUGUUUUGUACACUCAGCGUAUGUUCGCUGAUUCAACACUUUAAGGGACAUGAACACAUCAGUGAGUCCACACAACAGCGGGACAGUCUAAUUAUGGUGUUGGUUAACACACACACACACACACACACACACCUUCCGACGUUAAUAGCGUUAAUGCAUCACAACGUGUCACCAACCCCCUAUAGGAAUACCCGGCAGGUCUCAUAUACAUUACAGUACAUACUUACCCUGUAAUUGUGUUGACUGUUCAUUACAGUUCAACCCCCUGACCCCUUGUACAACAUGCAUCAUUAAUGCUCUCUCUAUAUGUGUUCACGUCCCUCUGACAAGCCUCAUGCAAUAAAUGUGCUUGUUUUGUAACAUCAACACUCAAUACAGAAAGUCAGAGGUCGGCUGUCUGGUAAACAACAAUAAACAAGGUUGCAGGGGUUAAAGCGGGGAGAUGAGGCUGAAAAUGAUUCAUUGGCUCCCCAGAGAACAUAUUAAAGGGAAUCCUGUGGGCUGUAUUCAGUUCCUCUGGUCUGGAUUUUGGUCUGUUUUUGCGGCAGCCAUCUUGGAUGAUAAGUGUUAAUAGUGUUUUAAUGAGGGGAGAGAGAGAGUGGGUUGGAGCUGAGAUGCGCUGAUACCACAGGAUGUAUCUGGGAGCGGAUCAGGGGAGCUGAGUUCUUGCGCUAUACACGCACAUGCACAUACACGUGUGUGUCUGUGUGUGUGUGUGUGUGUGUGUGUGUGUGUGUGUGUGUGUGUGGCUCCUAGACCUGCCUCUGUCAGUGUAGAGUUGCGUGGGCGAACAGUGCUCUUAUACUCUUUAUAAUGAACCUACACACACACACACACACACACACACACACACACACACACACACACCCCUCCUCUUCUUUUGUCUCUCUGACACAAAUCGCUGUGGGAGGCUACUCUCAUCUCCAGUCGUGUAAAUGUGAGGGUUCUAACCUCCCAGCUACCCUCAUCCACAGAUCCCUGACAGGGAGCCAGAUAAAGGGAAAAAAGGAGGUUAUAUAUAAAAAUGAUUUAAAGGCCCAAUGCAGCCGUUUUUUAUAUAAAUAUGAAAUCAUUUCUUGGUAACAAUUAAGUUGUAGAUUGUAUUUUCAACCAGCAACUUUCAGGAAAUAACACUGAUCCAAUUUUUCCACACAUUUACAGGGUUAGUUUCAUCCGCUGUUGUACAAUAUUAUAUAAAACACAGGAAAAACAGAAUGUUGACUGCACUGGGCCUUUAAUGAUUAAGGGAAAAUUGUUCUGCUUUUUCAACCACGUUUCUCUGUUCUGAUAACAUGAUUUGAUGAGUUCAAGUGUAUCGGUCCCAGACUCCCAGUCCUUUGAACUGGUUAUGGUGCUGUAGGGGAAAAUACCUGCUCUCCUGUAAAUGAGAUCUUGGAAAUAGGUUUAGGUUUGUUUAGAUCCACAUGGACAGUAUUUCAUCUUCCAUAGAGGGAGGAAGGCAGUUAUACGGAUUUUAAUUGAUACAAACAAUAUACCCUGUCUAGAAGCUAGGGUAUUAUGUGUGGGUGGUAGAUAGCCCUAUACACAGUGGUACGUGUUUACAUGUAUAUAGAGAGCUGUCCAGAUGUAGAGGGAUUUCACUGUUUAUCUCACAGCCACGUCUCACAGCAAUUAGUUAUCUCUCACGCCAUCUCUCUCUCUUUCUCUCUCUCUCUCUCCUCCCCCUCCAUCCCUCUCUAUCUAUCUUUCAUUCCCUCCAUCUCCCCCCUCCACCCAUCACUCUGAUAGCUCACUCGGUGCUCGUCAGGUUCUGUUUGGGUUGAUUUCACAGGCAUCAGGACCCAACAGAGACAUCUUCUACACAACACCCUGAGCUCUCUCACAUCAUGUUUAGUUAAUUAGCUCACAGAACAACAAAAAUCACUCUGUUUUAUUUCCCCUGUGCAACGUUUUGACGAAGUCAGACGGUAAUGUAGAAACACGCAGACUUUCUGUGGGAAUUCUAAGUGUGUGUUUCAGGUUUUCAUUUGUGUGUGUUUGUGUUUGUGCAUGCAUGCAUGUGUGUGUGUCUGUGUCUGUGUGUGUGUCUGAUUACAGUUCUAGCGCCUAAGGCUAUUCAAUUAUCCAGUAGAUAUACAUGUUAUCUCUCCAUUUGUGUCCCCUUUUUGUCAAUUUCUCUGUUUUGACAAAAUCAUAGAUUUUUUUGGAUGUAAUGGAUCAAAAGGAUAUUAAUGAUAGAAUGAUGUCUGUUCAGAGGGUUUGGUCUUGUAAAAACACACAGAGAUUCUAUUAGUCGAUAACAGAUUCAUUAUGUGUGUGGAAUAUACACUUUGAUUUCUGCUAAUAAUACGUUAGCAGUGUGCCAAAAAUGAUCAACAAUACAGCCUUCCUUCCUGUCAUCACAGAUAUCAUACAGUGAGGGGAAAAAGUAUUUGAUCCCCUGCUGAUUUUGUAUGUUUGCCCACUGACAAAGACAUGAUCAGUCUAUAAUUUUAAUGGUAGGUUUAUUUGAACAGUGAGAGACAGAAUAACAACAAAAAAAUCCAGAAAAACGCAUGUCAAAAAUGUUAUAAAUUGAUUUGCAUUUUAAUGAGGGAAAUAAGUAUUUGACCCCUCUGCAAAACAUGACCUAGUACUUGGUGGCAAAACCCUUGUUGGCAAUCACAGAGGUCAGACGUUUCUUGUAGUUGGCCACCAGGUUUGCACACAUCUCAGGAGGGAUUUUGUCCCACUCCUCUUUGCAGAUCUUCUCCAAGUCAUUAAGGUUUCGAGGCUGACGUUUGGCAACUCGAACCUUCAGCUCCCUCCACAGAUUUUCUAUGGGAUUAAGGUCUGGAGACUGGCUAGGCCACUCCUGGACCUUAAUGUGCUUCUUCUUGAGCCACUCCUUUGUUGCCUUGGCCGUGUGUUUUGGGUCAUUGUCAUGCUGGAAUACCCACCCAAGACCCAUUUUCAAUGCCCUGGCUGAGGAAAGAAGGUUCUCACCCAAGAUUUGACGGUACAUGGCCCCGUCCAUCGUCCCUUUGAUGCGGUGAAGUUGUCCUGUCCCCUUAGCAGAAAAACACCCCCAAAGCAUAAUGUUUCCACCUCCAUGUUUGACGGUGGGGAUGGUGUUCUUGGGGUCAUAGGCAGCAUUCCUCCUCCUCCAAACACGGUGAGUUGAGUUGAUGCCAAAGAGCUCAAUUUUGGUGUCAUCUGACCACAACACUUUCACCCAGUUCUCCUCUGAAUCAUUCAGAUGUUCAUUGGCAAACUUCAGACGGGCCUGUAUAUGUGCUUUCUUGAGCAGGGGGACCUUGCGGGCGCUGCAGGAUUUCAGUCCUUCAGGGCGUAGUGUGUUACCAAUUGUUUUCUUGGUGACUAUGGUCCCAGCUGCCUUGAGAUCAUUGACAAGAUCCUCCCGUGUAGUUCUGGGCUGAUUCCUCACCGUUCUCAUGAUCAUUGCAACUCCACGAGGUGAGAUCUUGCAUGGAGCCCCAGGCCGAGGGAGAUUGACAGUUAUUUUGUGUUUCUUCCAUUUGCGAAUAAUCGCACCAACUGUUGUCACCUUCUCACCAAGCUGUUUGGCGAUGGUAGCCCAUUCCAGCCUUGUGUAGGUCUACAAUCUUGUCCCUGACAUCCUUGGAGAGCUCUUUGGUCUUGGCCAUGGUGGAGAGUUUGGAAUCUGAUUGAUUGCUUCUGUGGACAGGUGUCUUUUAUACAGGUAACAAGCUGAGAUUAGGAGCACUCCCUUUAAGAGUGUGCUCCUAAUCUCAGCUCGUUACCUGUAUAAAAGACACCUGGGAGCCAGAAAUCUUUCUGAUUGAGAGGGGGUCAAAUACUUAUUUCCCUCAUUAAAAUGCAAAUCAAUUUAUAACAUUUUUGACAUGUGUCUUUCUCUCACUGUUCAAAUAAACCUACCAUUAAAAUGAUACUGAUCAUUUCUUUGUCAGUGGGCAAAUGUACAAAAUCAGCAGGGGAUCAAAUACCCUUUUCCCUCACUGUAUAAGGCAUGUGAAACUCUGCUCUCCACCUGUCACAAUCACAGAUAGAAGAAUCAACCAAACCUUAACCCUGACCUCUGUGACCUUUGCCAUGACCUCUGCCAUCUCCUAUUCUCUCCUGUGAUAGGUGGAUGACCUGAAGGCCAAGUUGGCCGCCCAGGAGGUGGAGCUCAAGCAGAAGAACGAAGAUGCUGAUAGGCUGAUCCAGGUGGUCGGUGUGGAAACAGAGAAGGUGGGUGCUACUGUUAAACAUUGGUGGUGGUGGGUGGGUUGAGUUCCCCUUAUCAACCCUUAAACAAUGUAUUGUAAAGUGCUUUUAGCAUCUGGAUAUUGCAAUCCAAAUUUUAUAAAGCAUUAUUGUGAAUCACUUUGAGACUUUGUGAGAAGCAUUGCUGUAUACUACAAUAAUUCCUACAUCCUUUUCUAUGAUCUAUGACCAGAUGUCGAAGGAGAAGACUGUGGCGGAUGAGGAGGAAGAGAAGGUGGCAGCCAUAGCGGUGGUGGUCACAGGGAAACAGAGAGACUGUGAGGAGGACCUGGCCAAGGCUGAACCAGCCCUCAUAGCAGCACAGGAGGCCCUCAACACUCUCAAUAAGGUGCACACUCAUGCAUGCACACAUAAACACGCUGAUGGCACCCGCCCACCCGACUAGAAUCACUACUCUCGACGGGUCUGACCUAGAGUAUGUGGACAACUAAAAAUACCUAGGUGUCUGGUUAGACUGUAAACUCUCCUUCCAGACUCACAUUAAGAAUCUCCAAUCCAAAGUUAAAUCUAGAAUCGGCUUCCUAUUUUGCAACAAAGCCUCCUUCACUCAUGCUGCCAAACAUGCCCUCGUAAAACUGACUAUCCUACCGAUCCUUGACUUCGGCGAUGUCAUUUACAAAAUAGCCUCCAACACUCUACUCAGCAAAUUGGAUGUAGUCUAUCACAGUACCAUCCGUUUUGUCUCCAAAGCCCCAUACACUACCCACCACUGUGACCUGUACGCUCUUGUUGGCUGGUCCUCACUACAUGUUCGUCGUCAAACCCACUGGCUCCAGGCCAUCUAUAAAUCACUGCUAGGCAAAUCCCCGCCUUAUCUUAGCUCAUUGGUCACCAUAGCAGCACCCACCCGUAGUAUGCACUCCCAACAGGUAUAUCUCACUGGUCAUCCCCAAAGCCAACACCUCCUUUGGCCGCCAUUCCUUCCAGUUCUCUGCUGCCAGUGACUGGAACGAAUUGCAAAAAUCUCUGAAGCUGGAGACUCUUAUCUCCCUCACUAACUUUAAGCAUCAGUUGUCAGAGCACCUUACCGAUCAAUGCACCUGUACACAGCCCAUCUGAAAUUAGCCCACCCAACUACCUCAUCCCUAUAUUGUUAUUUAUUUUGCUAUUUUGCACCCCAGUAUCUCUAUUUGCACAUAAUCUCUUGCACAUCUAUCAUUCCAGUGUUAAUACUAAUUGUAAUUAUUUUUCACUAUAGCCUAUUUAUUGCCUUACCUCCAUAACUUGCUACAUUUGCACACACUGUAUAUAUAUUUUCUGUUGUAUUUUUUUACUUUAUGUUUUGUUUUACCCCAUAUGUAACUCUGUGUUGUUGUUUUUAUCGCACUGCUUUGCUUUAUCUUGGCCAGUUCGCAGUUGUAAAUGAGAACUUGUUCUCAACUGGCUUACCUGGUUAAAUAAAGGUGAAAUAAAAUUAGAAAACACACACGAAUACACUCACAUUUUGCAACCUUAUGGGUUUCAUUUUCAGUAGAUCAGAUUUGAAAUGCAAUUAUGAUAUUUUCCUAAAAAUGUACUAAAAUCUUCACAGCUCAAUGUCCAGCAGUCUCUUACAAUCUAGCCCUCUAGCCGUUCUCUGUUGGUUUUAUAUGAGAGAGCUGUGGGAUUCACUAAACACCUGAGUGGUUUAAGGUGUUCUGUGUUCACCCAACCAGAACUGACAUCUCUUUCCCAGCUAGGCUCCAGCUAGGCUACCCUCUCUAAAGACUCCAAUUAGUAUUCCCUGUUGUCUUCUUCUUCAAGUCAGCACACUUUUCCUCUUUUUAUAAACCUAUUUUUUUUUCUAGAAUGCCCUGACUGAACUGCUGAUUAAUUGCUGAUAACUACUUUAUUGAAAAGUGUAUUUACUAUGACUGUGAUAUGUGGUUGUCUCCCCUAUCUUAAGAUGAAUGCACAAACUGUAAGUCACUCUGGAUAAGAGCAUCUGCUGAAUAACUAAAGUGUCAUAUAAAUGUAACUGUAGUCCUUUGAAUGAAAUCCAGUUUUUCCUCUGCACUGAAUAACCUGGCAGAGUGGAAGUCCUUCAAGUGCAUUCCAGUUUUUCAUUCAUCUCUGUCAUUGCCUCUAUCCCUCCUUCUCAUUUUUCAUAAUAGCCUGGUCAAGCUGAAGUCCUGCAAAUGCACUCUCCUUUUCAUCCCUCCAUCUCUCCCUCCAGAACAACCUGACUGAGCUAAAGUCGUUUGGUUCUCCUGUGGUGGCUGUGACCAACGUGACCGCUGCGGUCAUGGUUCUGAUGGCCCCGGGUGGUCGGGUUCCUAAGGACCGUAGUUGGAAGGCUGCCAAGGUGAUGAUGGCCAAAGUAGAUGCCUUCCUGGACUCACUGGUCCACUUCAACAAGCAGAACAUCCCAGAGCCCUGCCUCAAGGCCAUACAGCCCUAUCUACAGGUAGAGUACAGCCACACAGCCUUGCCUACUGGUAGAGUGCAGUCACACAGCCUUGCCUACUGGUAGAGUGCAGUCACAUAGCCUUACCUACUGGUAGAGUACAGUCAUACAGCCUUACCUACUGGUAGAGUACAGUCAUACAGCCUUACCUAUUGGUAGAGUACAGUCAUACAGCCUUACCUACUGGUAGAGUACAGUCAUACAGCCUUACCUACUGGUAGAGUACAGUCAUACAGCCUUACCUACUGGUAGAGUACAGUCAUACAGCCUUACCUACUGGUAGAGUACAGUCAUACAGCCUUACCUACUGGUAGAGUACAGUCAUACAGCCUUACCUACUGGUAGAGUACAGUCAUACAGCCUUACCUACUGGUAGAGUACAGUCAUACAGCCUUACCUACUGGUAGAGUACAGUCAUACAGCCUUACCUACUGGUAGAGUACAGUCAUACACAGCCUUACCUACUGGUGCAGUCACACAGCCUUACCUACUGGUGCAGUCACACAGCCUUACCUACUGGUAGAGGGGCAACCAGAUAAAAAAAUAUAUAUAUUUAAGGGAAUUUGUUUGAGAAUAAUUCAGUGACGAUAGUAUCACAUUAUUGUGAAACUUUAUUAAACCUUCUUUUGAGUGUUUAAUCUGUUGAGAGUACACAAGAACUCAACAUGCAAGACCAGUUAUACUUACCAGCUUGCAUAACCUCGGACAUGAUGUCAAGCAGCACAUUUUAAUUGAAUGUGUUAAUCGUGUCCCUCCACCCCAUCCCACUCUGCAGGACCCAGAGUUCCAGCCCGAACUAGUGGCCUCUAAAUCCAACGCUGCGGCGGGCCUCUGUUCCUGGGUCCUAAACAUCGUCAAGUUCUACCAGGUGUUCUGUGAGGUGGAGCCCAAGAGACAGGCUCUGAGCAAGGCCAACGCUGAGCUGGCUGCAGCCCAGGAAAAACUUACCGUCAUCAAGACCAAGAUCAACGUGAGUUAACCUAACACUGAUCAUGUUGAAUCUGAUUUAGAAACAGUGCUUAGGUUUGGUUUUAUAGUCCACUAUAUCAUGGUAUCAGAAUUCACAUGGCCAAAAUAUAAUUAAUCUAAUUACCUAAUAAUAAAUAGUAUGUUUCUUUAAAGGAGUAUAAAAUACAUGUAUUAAGUUCUAUUUAGAGGCUGUUAUAUGCGUCAAUAAAUACAUCUCAAGAUGACAAUCCCAAUAGCAGUAAAUAAUAGCUGUGAGUCAAUGGCCUAUUGUGCAUUUUACAUUCAGACCCUCAUCCUCUCAGCAGCCUCCAUGCAGCCUCUCUUUAUGAAGUCAGAUCAUGUAGCAGCCGCCUUGCUGCCUGCCAACGUCCAACCCUGAAGAGUUGCUAGUUUAGACUCUAAUAAGUUCAAAAUCCAAUUUUUUCCGCCUGUCAUUUGUUCAGCCGUCAGCCAAAGCAUUUGUGUAGAAAGUCACUCCUGAGCCAGGGGGAAUUAGCAAACCUCAGUCUAAUCUAAUAUGAACCUGUGUGUCUCCACUAAUGAAUUGUUUUGUCCUUGUAAUAACUGCCUCCGUAUGCCUAAUAAAUCCUUUGUGGAGAUUGAUCACUUUUCGGCAACUUUCAGAAAACUGUGGAAGUUUUGUUUCAUCCGGAGUAGCUUGUCAUUGGGUAACGAGCGUUUAGAUAAUUUGAAGUUUUUUCUGUCAAUUUACCAAGCAAUCUCUCUCUCUCUCUUCUCUGUGUGACAGCACCUUAAUGAGAACCUGGCCAAGCUGACAGCCAAGUUUGAGAAAGCCACGGCCGACAAGCUCAAGUGCCAGCAGGAGGCUGAGUCCACCGCUCGCACCAUCUCUCUCGCCAACCGCCUGGUGAGUGGGCCAGACACACACACACACAUACGCAGACACACUUACCUCGGGGAAUACACAUCUCCUGCUGAUCAUUUUCAGUAAGGAGAUGUGUUGUGUUGACAGUGUGAGGAUGAUAAUAUACAUUAUCCACUUGAUGAGAGACAGGCCAACAAAGGAAUAAAGUGAUCAGCAUUUUCUAAAAGUUACAAACAACAUUGUAAUCAUUAUUGCUAAGUUAAGCUUAUUAUUUCUGAACCAGCUGUGUUCUAUAACUUUAUCACACUUCUAUUCAUUGAUGUUAAUGUAAUUAAGACAGGCUACUGACGGUAUACUUUUAUUGAGUCUGCAGCUAGCAGGGUGCAGUGUGGGUAAUCAAUGUCACUCAGGGCAGAAUGCUAAUUAUAGAGCCUUAACUUUUACUUUUGUGUUAAUCAUGCCUUGGUAUCAAUAUGAGAUUUGCAUGAAAAUUCAAGCUACAUACAGUAUGUUGGAUUCUUGAAUUGUGAUCUGUCCUGUCUCACUCAAUGGUUAUGUGUCAUGUCGUGUCACAUUGUGUUGUGGUCUGUAGGUGGGUGGUCUGGCGUCGGAGAACGUGCGUUGGGCGGAGGCGGUGGAGAGUUUCAGACGUCAGGAGAGGACUCUGUGUGGUGACGUCCUCCUCAUCACAGCGUUUGUCUCCUACCUGGGAUACUUCACUAAGCGCUACCGACACCAGCUCAUGGACAACACCUGGAGACCAUACCUCAGUCAGUUACAGGUGGGAGAACACACACACACAGCCAUAUGCACACACACACACAUAAAAUCAACAUUUCUGUUUUCACACCAUUGUAAAAGUGUUUACCAUUCAGCUAAUGAAGGUCCCGAUAAGCAGCUGAUGAAUAGAACCAGGUGUAUUAAAUCAGGGCCGGACCAAAAGCCUGCACACCCAGUGAAUCUCCAGGACGAGGGUUGUCCCCCAGUGAUCCAUGUCAUUUCGAUGCCUGUGGCUUCCAUGCUAGUUACUAACCGUCGUCCCCCAUCCCACCUCCCCUCUCUCCCAGGUGCCCAUCCCAGUAACCCCCGACCUGGACCCUCUGACCAUGCUGAUGGACGACGCUGACAUCGCGGCGUGGCAGAACGAGGGCCUGCCGGCCGACAGGAUGUCCACGGAGAACGCCACCAUCCUCACUUCCUGCCAGCGCUGGCCCCUCAUGGUGGACCCCCAGCUACAGGGCGUCAAGUGGAUCAAAAACAAAUACGGAGAGGAUCUACGCGUCAUCCGCAUCGGACAGAGAGGGUGAGUCACAAGAUGGCAGCUGUUCUGGAUAGAGUUUUUGAAGAGGGUAUAUAAUGGGCUCUCCUUAACAAUCUUAAUACCAUAAUUGCCUCUUCUAUUGGGCAGAGUGGGUGAGAAAGACUUACUCAGAAUCACUUCCUGGUUUAAUGAAUUGCUAUAACGAUGUAGAUGAAAUAUAUUCUUCAAUGAAAUUUCCACAUCAUUACCCAUCACCGAUAGUGCAGGAGACGGUUCAACAAGCACAGUACAAAAAGUCCAUAAAAUAUUGGGUAAAACUGAUUAAGGCACAGUAAAGCUCUUCAAGUGACAGUAAAACUCCUAUUCACGGGUCUGUGUUGAAUUCUGUGUGUGUGUCUCUCAGGUAUCUGGACUCCAUAGAGAGCGCUCUGUCUGCUGGUGAUGUGGUUCUGAUUGAGAACCUAGAGGACACUGUAGACCCUGUUCUAGGGCCACUACUGGGGAGAGAAACCAUCAAGAAGGGCAGGUGCAUGACUCUUUAAGUGACUUCCGAAGCAUUUUCCAUAAAAUCUGAUAUCUGCUUUAAAAUAAACAUGUCAGCCAGUUCCAGUAGGCUGAAUCCUACCAUGAGAUGUGCAUACCUACCUUGAACUGUCACUGUCAUCAUAAAUUGAAGCGAGAAGUUCAUUGACACAUUUGAAGUUUGGAUUUAUCCUAGUACAGCAUGACUUCAAUCAUCACACCUCCAACUCCUCUCCUCUCCUCUCUCCAUCUACCUCUCCUCAGGUACAUAAAGAUAGGGGACAAGGAGUGUGAGUACAACCCCAGCUUUAGACUGAUUCUCCACACUAAGCUGGCCAGCCCACACUACCAGCCCGAGCUCCAGGCCCAGUGUACCCUAAUGAACUUCACUGUGACCAGGGACGGUCUGGAGGACCAGCUACUGGCUGCAGUG